AUGGAAAUAUCAUACCCGCUGCAGACACAGCAUACAAGGUGGGUGCAGCCAUGCCUAAAACAUGAUGCAAACCAGUCACCUAAUCAUGCUGAAUUCUACAAGCACAAAGUGUGAGGAGGAAAAAUGCAGUCAUUCUGGCCUCUUAGAUAUGACGGGGACUCUACCCUUAGUUGGCUGAAUGUUAUACAAAUUGUGCCAGGUAAUGGGUCAAGGAAUGCACCCUGUGUUUGGGGUAUCAAUUAGCAGACAGCUAAUUAGUUAGACUGAGCUGGAGGUUUAUUUGUUCUGAUGCUCAAGUGUAGCUCUUACAUGCAUCCAGUAUUAAGUGGUCUCUUGCGCCAGCUGUGAGUAUCUUACUUAAGUUUAUGGACAAGUUUAUGGGCUCCUUUGUUCUUUGAGUCUCAGGUUGUCAGGAUACAAGUGGCAUUAGCAUUGUAUCAGCAGAUGCAAUUUUCCCACCAGGUCAAUGAAAAAAGCAAAACAAAUAUGGCUGUCAGAGGGCUGGUUUUAGGAGAGAGAGUCGGGGUGGGAGAGACACGCCAGGUGAGAAAAUAUUUAUUGAACUACCUUCUGUUGGCAAAAAAUAAAGAAAAAUCCAAAUGUUCAAACUUGUAUACCAACCUGUUUCUAAAUGGGAGACAUAUGUGUGUCCAUUUAUUUUUAGAUUGCAAACUACGGUGACUAUAUUUGCUAUAACAAAUGUGUCACAUGCAAACACUUUGUUUUGUAUUAGUGCUGAAGAACAGAGAUCUAUUCUGUUUUGUGCUUGAAGAACUCCACCAGAGGUCAGGGUACAGAGGGUGAUAAAUUCAACAACUGAUCCUGCCACACAGGCCUCCUGUAAGGUCCCUGGAGAUAAUUUUACUUCUAUACCUACCUACUCUUUCUCCUUACAGCUGCUUUUCUUUUUGUCUUUAUUGUUACCCAUAGCAGUCCCUGAUUAUAAUACCUCAACAAAAGAUGAGAUAACUCUUGAGUUAAAUAGGUGUUCUGUUUUUCACAGUCAUUUUCCACAGUUUUGGUGCAAGAGAUGUAACACAUCAUUGGUACCUUGGACAGUGCUGGGCAGAGCUCAAGUUGGCAUUUCCAUAAGGACAGGACUUGGGUGUUGUUUCAGCAGCAGUGAUCCUCAGAUUCAAGGCCCCUCCAGAAAUCCUUUAUAUUGUGCAUUCGUAAUGAUUGUGCUCAUGAACGCAUUAUGUGUGGUCAUGCUUUCUAUAUUGUCUGCACCUGCACAAGCUUUGAGGCAGACAUACGGCUUCAUUUCCAGUCACUGUAUGUCCUGUAACUUCCUACCAAAAUUCCAUAAUUUCAUUAAUCUACAAAUGUUCCAGGUUUGUUUAUUUAUUUAUUGGCCCUACUUUUGUUGCUCCAUAGCACAUGAGUGCCCCUUCAGAUGGCAAUCAUGCAAUAACAUUGGGGAAGCAUUACAGAACAAUUAAUACAGCAAAAUGAUGUUUGGACUAUCUGGAAUAAAUACACCACUAAUGCACUAUAAUUGUGUCAACCACAUGUUGCAGAAUACAAGAAUGCAAAAAACCAAACGUCUGGAAGGACACUGAGAAAUUUCGGGAAAGUUGGCUUAAAUGCAUGUGAAGAAAUGUAACAUGUCUCUAGUAAAACUUUCAAUUUCCUUCAUAACUAAUAAAUGGGGUUUUUUUCCAUUCCAGUUUUUUCCCUCUAACUGAACAAACUUCUAAUGCUUUUAAGCUAAGAUCUGAGCUUCUAAAGAACACAAACAAUUGCCUACCUGGGCACUAGUAUGUUUCUCUAUUGGGAUUCAUGUCAAAUUAAGAAGGAAGACAAUGUCUACAUCAAUUUUAUUUACACCCUGCAUCAAAAACUUACCAGACAUAAUAGUAAUUUUCACCAAAAAAAACCCAAAAACAUACACACAGAGUGCUGUUAGCUGUCCCUACAACUGUUAGUGGAAGGGCUACAUAAUAUGCAUUCAUUAAGAAAGAAAUUUCCAUGGGAAACCUGCCAUAAUCUGGAUGAUGGGCUGUCUCUUAUAUGCCAAUGUCUGCUCUUUUGGGGAAUCUUAUGAAGCAAUACACUUCCUUUGCAUAUGUCACAGUUCAAUUCUAUUCCAUGUCACUCAGCAGUCUGUUUAUCAUCAUAAGGUGUAGUGCAUGAUGGGGCAGUCCUUCUCUUUCCAUAACCGUUCCAUUUGUUUACUUUCUUCUGGAGCAACAGAAUUGGAGAAGGAAGCAUUACACAUCAGGAAAUCACUUCUCUCUUCUGCAAACCUGUGGCAGCACAAGAGAAGCAGGACAAUAUUGCAUAGCCUAUUUCAACCUAAACAUUCUAUGCACCAGUCUAAUCAGACUAGUGCACCACUUUGCUCAUACUGAUGUGUAUUCAGUGGUCUACAUUUCCACUCUUUCCCCAUCCCCACCCCCCACAAAAACUCUGGUGCCUGAUAAUGUCAUCAGCCAAUACACACGCACACACCAAGUUCACCAUCCCAACUCCAAGUGCAAAGCUCCGGCCACCAGCUGAAACUCCCAAGUUGGACGAGAAUAAUGAGCAUGAAAUGAAGGUUACUGUAGUUCAGUGGUUGCUUGGUUUGCACCUGGAUAUUUAAAUUCAUCAAGUCUCUGGUUCCCAUCAGUAAGCUGCAAAAUGUAGAGCAUACAUCAGGAAACAGAAUGAGAGCCAAGAAAAAAGGAAAGGAGAGGAGGUUGUUGCUUUUCUGAUGACAUUCGCAGAGCAAUAGCAGAAAUGGAGCUAGAUUCUCAGAUAGCUACUUUUGUUCUUGUCUGGUUUCUUCUUAUAAAGACAUUUCCUCUUUAGCUUCCUCUCGGAGAUUGCAAAAAAAAAUGUAAAUCCUGAACUUGUCUUUCAAUCAUCCAGAGAUCUGUUGUCUGUGUUAACAACAAAAAAAAACCUAACACAAUUUGGCUGCAGGCUCAGGGCUGGUUCAGAAAAGGCUCAGGAUAUAGAAACUGCCGUAUACUUGGUCACUUUAGCUCAGUAGGGUCUACAAUGACCAGGAGUGGUUCUCCAGGGUUUCAGACCAGAGACAUUUCCAGUCCCACCUGGACAUGCCAGACAUUGAACCUGGAACCUUCAGCAUCCAAUUAAAUACCAUUUGCCCCACUUUCAUAAUACACAAAACCAGUUGUCUGAGGCAAUUACCUUACUAGUACUGCUACUAAUGCACUGCCAUAAAAAGGAGAUACAUCAAUACUGAGCUGCAGUCCUUUCCUGAAAGGCUGUCGGUAGUAGUAAAGCAUGAGAGCAAACCUCUGGCUUGCAUUUAUCCCAGGAAAUGCAUCCAAACCCCGUAAUUAUUCCGUUCAGAAACUGAAAUGAAUAUAUUCAUAAUCCUCAAAUGUAUAACCAGCCCUAACUUCAACCCAACAAACUUUAAUAUUUUUUGUAAUUCAAACCUAGUUUAAUAUAUUUAUUUAUAUUUUUAUGCACCUGGGGUUGGCAUAACUAAGCAGCCAAACUCUGCCAUUUUUACACAUGCUUAUUUGUUGCUUGCUGUAACGCUUUCAUUUCCAAAGGAAAUUAAAUGCCCACAUGUAGAAUUGGUUUUACAUUAACACCUUACAGAACCAUCAUAAGCCCUGAUCCAUCACGUUAGAGGUUAGAAUGUUGUGGAGGUUUUCCUCUUUCCACUCACAGGGUUGGGGGGAGGUGUCUGCCAUGAAUGUAUAUGCUGCAGCUGCCAAAAGUAGAGUUAGGAGUUAUCCCUGCUGAAACCCGGAAACGGGAUGAGGAGGGCCACCUACCAGUGGUAGAGUUUAUUUGGCCAUCUCUGCUGCACCAGCCUAGAGCUGGCACAGGGAAAUCAGCAGUUUUACUGCCCCAAGCCUUCCACACUGGCUGGCACAGGAGGCAGGCUUUGACUGCAGCAGGUCUUACAACUGUGCCCUUAGUUAUUACUCUAUGUCAAAGGAACUGCUCAGUGUCAACAUUUGAAACUGAAACCAUACAAGAACCGAUAACGAGUAGCAGAAGUAGUCAUCCCUUGACAGCAUUAGCAACAUGCUGUCUUUCAGUCUUCUAUGUCAAUAUGUUUUUGAUGUUAAUGGGCUGGGCCCUCUCUACUCACAAGCAGGUGGCUCCACAUGCAAAUAGCAGUCCAAGGAGCUUACUUGCAGGCAGGACAUAUCAUAAGAAGGUAUGCCAGCUUGCUGUUUGAAAUCAGAUCUACUCUGAAGUAACGACUGCAGUCUACAUUUUGAAAUGGCAUGGCAGCAUGCCUCUCUGCCAGUAGAUCUGCUCAUGCGUAAAGCUGCAAACUUGUGCAAACUUAGGUGAAAGUAAACCACAUUGACAAAGUGUGACUUACUUCCAAGUGCAUGGAUAAGACUGCUCUGUCAGUGUUGUAGACUGCUAUCUCAACUAAGGAACAAUAUUCCUCAUGAUAUCUGUUGUCAACAUAUUGAUUGUCAGUGCAGGGUUAUUGGUAGGAAUUUGGUUGUGAUCCUGACUUUUCUGCAGAUUAAGGAUGAAAGAGAUUUUAAAUUCAGUUCGCAUUUAAAGGUGAACCUACCUAAUUGACACUUUCUGGAACAAUGCGCAAACUGAAAUGCAUCCUUUGUAAUUUCCACUCAUCUGAAUUUUGCAGUGCAGUUCUCCAGCCAAAAAUUGUGUCCUUGGGUAAUGCAUGCAUUAAAAUGAACAUAUUCAUAAAAAUAGCACUUAAAAUAUAAUGUGGAAAUUGUUUCACAAAAAAUGUGUAUAUUAGGCAAAAUUCACACUAAAAUGCUGGUGAAUUUUCGUGAGGCCUUUUUUCAAACGCAAACGCAAACUGAAAUGGAAGUGUGGAUAACUGCAAAAAAUGAGAAACUAGACAUAAAAUGAAGUUGACAAAUUCACCCAUCCCUUCCUGUAAUUAAACCCAGAAAUGCUACUCAGGUUUCAAUGCUAACUGGGUUUCAGCCAUAUUAUCAAGGCAGUUGUCAGGAGCAGGUAACAAUAACUCACAAGGGGCCAAGAAACAAAGCAGCUCAGGUCUAGUGAGCACAGCAACUCCUCCCAGCAGGUUUUGGCCCAGUGAGGCAGUUGUGAAACUGAAGGUCCCCACCUUUCUACAGCUCUCUAAGGCUCCUCCUCCCUCAAGUCCCUCCCAAGUAAUCAGAGACUCCAGCUCCUUGUCUGUCUCUGCUCCACCCUCUUCAUACACCUGAGGGUUCUGGGAGACUGGGGAAAGGGGAACUAGUCACAGCAGCAGGGGGAGACACACACCCCUGGCUUCUUCAGUAGCCUGCCUCAUCUCUGCCUCUUGGCCCCGCUCCUCUCCAGCCUCUGCUUCUACCUCUGCUUCUGAACUGCUCUCUGCCACAGCCUCUUCUGCUCACUAAACCCUGUUCACUUUUCAGCUUCUGACGCCUCCUCCUACCAGUUUGCUCCUUCUUCCCCCUCUGACCACUCAUUGUCGCCCCACCACCUAUCCCCUGGCUCUGAGCCUUCUUCUUUUGGGGGUUUCUCCAGCUGGUGCCUCCCACCACUCAUCUGUAUCCAGCCAGUCCAUGACACAUAUCAAGGCUUAACCAUGGAAGAUUGUGAACUGUUAGACUUUCUUGUAAACCACUUAGCUUUAUUGCAAACUAUUUAAAGGUUUGGCUGCAAUAUACAUUUUGUUAAAUAAAAUGAAUAAUAAGAUGCGGGACAAAAAUCAAGAAGAAAGCACCCAUGCAGAGCCUUCCCUUUAACAGUGAUGAACAUAGCCAGUCCCACACAUCUGGGAUUACAAGAAAAUGUUUCUGUGGCAGAGGAUGUGCCUUUCAGAAAACACUGAGCCUCUUCACCUCCUGCUCAAGGCUGUGCCCCUGACUAGAGGCCCCACACAUUCUUGCUUUAUGUUUGUGAUGCAGACUAGUAGCCUCAUUUGUUAGAACUGUGGUACAAAGUAUUUAUGAAUUUGUAGAACAGCCUAGACAUGCCGCAUUGAAAAUAUAUUCCAGGCGGUGUCCAAACGCACAAACAGCACAAUCUGUCCGCCUACUACUAUUUACAGAGGGUGAGAUAGUUUUUGUCUGUAGGCCUCUUUUACUAUGGGACAUUUUUGCUUCAAACAAAAAAAAAUGCCCUCAGAUAGCUAUCAGCUGAGGAAAGGGUCUGACGAGAACAUUCCAGUCACAGAACAACACAGAAGUGUUGUUUGGGUUCACAAACAAUGGAAAAAACCAACCCUGGUGUCUCCUGCCUCAAACAACAAGUACUGAAGGACACGCAGUGCUGUCUUCUUCCUAAAGUAUUUAUACAACUUCACUUCUGUAGUUUUCAAAAUGCUACCAAGGUGAUUUUAUCUUCACUGUGUGUUUCAGGAAAAUUAGAAAACUGGAGCAGCCAGUGGCAACUUGCCUUCUUUUAACCUGAAACCAGUGAAUCGUUGCCUUUUGCGUAAAUAAAGAAUGCCAUUAUGGGGGUUAAGCACAAGGUGGCACUGGACUGAUUGGUAUCUGGGUGGAGUUCCCUGUUGCUGUUCUUUCUUGUUUAAGGGAGACGGCAAAGUGCUUGCCUAGCUUCCUGGCUGGUAUGUCCUCUAAGCUUUUCAUGACACCCUUGAAUUCCAUUGGUGGCUGGUGUCCAUUGGGACCAACCAGUAGUGCAGAAGGCAGGGAGGCCAACAGUAGGUGAAGCCAGACCUAAUUACAAACAGCGCCAACCCAGUUGGUUGUAAUUAAGAAGAGAGGCAACUGGUGGUUGGCCAAGGGCAAACUGAUGUUGGUGGAGUAGUGCCCCAUUUACCCUAAUGGACCAGCUGCCACUGUUUAAAUCUCCAAUUCAAGCAUGAGAAAAGGCUGCCACAGCCUCUCACACCACAUUACUUCCAGAAUCCUGUUGUCUGCUUGGGAUGUACAAUUUGACAUGGUAACAAAAUGUGAUAAAGUCACAGCACAGUUGAGGAUUUCUCCUCUGAAAAUUGCAAACCAUAAUGCCCAGCUGUCAGAGAGGUUAUCCAUUUUCUUUUAAUCAGUAGUUAAUUGUAUUAAAUAUCUCUGAAUAUGAAGGAGAGUUAUUACAUGAUUGAAAGUAGGCAAUACAAGAGAAGGCUGAAACAACAUGUUGCAGUUUAGACUUUGUUGUUAAAGCUCAAGACUCUUAACCUCAGGGUCAUGGAUUCAACCUCCAUGUUGGACAAAAGAUUCCUUCAUUGAAGUGGGUUGGACUAGAUGACCCUUGUGGUGCCUUUCCAACUUUACAAUUCUAUGAUUCUAUUCUCUCUCCUAUUGAGAGCACUCAGGGUUGCGUGUUGAGACCCCCGAGACCACCCCCUCAUUGGUGAAUAAGACACAAGGACACAGAUAUUAAGUUAAUGUUACAGGGCAAAUUUAGGCCACAACUUUAUUGGUUACAGAUACCCAGUAGCAUUUACCACCUGUGUUUGUUAUUAUAAUGAGUGAUUUAACACCACGGCAUAAAAUGGAUUCAUCAUGAAAACGUGGCACAGUGGGGACAAAUUUGAUCCACUUGUGGUGAAAUUACAUAGGAAGCUGUCUUAUUCUGAAGCAUACAGUUGGUCCAUAUACCGUAUUUUUCGCCCUAUAGGACGCACUUUUUCCCCUCCAAAAAUGAAGGGGAAAAUGUGUGUGCGUCCUAUGGGGCGAAUGCAGGCUUUCGCUGAAGCCUGGAGAGCAAGAGGGGUCAGUGCGCACCGACCCCUCUCGCUCUCCAGGCUUUGCGCAGCUCUCCGCAAGCCGUGGGAGCCCAUGCCGGGCUCCCACGGCUUGCGGAGAGUUGCCUGCAUGCUGAAGCCUGGGCGCGCUGAGCUCAGCACACCCAGGCUUCAUGCAGCUCUCCGCAAGGCGUGGGAGCCCGGCGCUGGGCUCCCACAGCUUGCGGAGAGUUGCCUGUUCUGGGGGCUGGGGUCAGGGGAAGCUCGGGCUGGGGGGAAAAUAAUUUUUUCCCCUUUAUUUCCCCCCCAAAAAACUAGGUGCGCCUUAUGGGACGGUGCGUCCUAUAGGGCGAAAAAUACGGUAUAUCCUGAGUCUCACUGAGAGGCUGGUCAGACUCUGAGGAGGAGGAGGAGUCUGAGGCCUUAGAUAGGGAAGACCCUGGUUAUGUUCUCUUAGUUUUUAGUUUGUUUUCAUACAUCAGUCUUAUGAAGCAGCAGAAAUGGAAAGCUAGUUUCUCCUGAAUACUAUAUGCUGGAGUUAAACAGGGUAAAUAUACUAUCUUCAAGUCAUCUUUUCAGAGAGAUAUAGCUGGCUGCUGUCUAGAGUGGAAUGCUGGACUAUAUUGACCUUGGUCUGAUGCAGCAAAGCAGUUUUAUGCAAUAUUUCUACUUGAUCCUUAAAAGAUACUGGGCAGGAGUGGCGGUGCUGGAAUCUAAUAUAGAACAGAUGAUGAAUUUAUUGACUAUUGCAAGGAUGGAAAUAGCAAUGAAAUGGAAAUGUUUGGAAGCGCCAAGAAUGUAUGGUCGGAUAUUAAGAAUUUGGCAGGUUGCUGAAUUAGUCUAAGUGACAAAUAUAGUAAGGGCAUUGGAAGGACAAAAGCUCUGAUCAUUUCCCAAGGAACGUACUUUAUUUAUCCAAUUUUGGAACAUUCAUUCAGGAAAACAAAUUGGACCAGGAAAUUUAUCGUUCGUCUUGUAAUCUUCCUGUAUGUGAAAAAAUAUGAAAAUUAAAAGAAAAAAACCACUUAUCUUGUGAGAACCAAGCCAAAGAAGAGGCCCUGCAAAAAACAGUUCUGCAUAUUAAUGCUUAGCAUCUAUAUUAUGGAGCUGUGGGAGCUCCUGUCACCAAUACAGAAAAAGGGUUUGGGUGGAAAGACCCAAUAUGAAGAUGCAGAAGAUGUAGCUGCAAGGGAGCACAAUAUGUCAGAUUGUAGAAUUCUUUAUUAUUUUUAUUAUUCUUAUUAGUUAAAUUUGUAUACUACCCUUCAUCUGUAAAUCUCAGGACAGUUCAUAACAUAAAAAUACAAGAUAAAAAACGCAAAAUACAUAAUCAAAACAAGAACAAAAGCAAACCCAUUAGAUUACAUGACAGUACUAACACUCCAAGCCCACCCAAGGCAUUGAGCAGGAGGGCUGAAGGGUAAUUCUAAAUGCAGAGUUCCAAGUUACAGGGAGGAUUCUAAGCAUGCUCAUCUGAGACAUUCAGAAUCACCCUUCAGAUCUUCCCACUCAGUUUGCAAAGGUUGGAGGUCAAGGGGGAAGGCUGGCAUGCACCAGGACACUGCAGGAGUUGGGGCUCACAGCCUACUCAAAAAUUCCUUUGAAGACCUGAAUUGGACCCACCCGUAAGGAAGCUAAGCAAGAACUAUGUUGUCUGUCUUCAACAAGAGCAGGCUCAGAGAACUCCUGACUCUACCCAGAUGCAACAAAGUCCAGUGCCUUCUUGCAAGUAAACCAUAUUAUGACUCCUUCCACAAUAAGAUGUACUGUACCUUGCUGUCUGUCCUUCCUUCCCUUGGUUGGCCAACUAAAACUGCUUCUUGGUAAUGUGUCUUAAGUGGUAAAAGGGGCUUCAAACCCAAAUGUGCAGAGAUCCUUGAAUUGUCUCAGUUUCUGUUAGGGAUGCAUGAUUACCCUGAUUGGGAUUUACCACAUCUCCUAUUCUAAAUAGCCAUUCAAUGCAUCAGAAGCAAUUUUCGAUAUUCAGAGAGAACCAGAAAAGGAUCCAGUUGGGGUGUCGCAAACACUCAUUUACCUGAUGCAACUUGAAUCUGAUUUAUGGUAUGAGACACGCUUGGGGCAGUUCAAAAAUCAUGAUUAGCUCCCAGCUUUACGCAAUGGGGUGAGGUUAUCAGUAUUGAAUCUUAUAAAAGUUUUCCUUCAGAUGCAAAGCACACAAUUAAUUAGGGAAUAUAAAUUACCAUAACGAGGCCCAAGUUCCACAGGAAAUAACAGUAUCAAGCAGUGCAAUCCUAUACAUAUCAGAGGUAAGACCCAUUGAGUUCAAUGUAAGUUACUCCCAGAUCAUUCUGUGUACAGUUUAGGAUUGCAGCCUAAACCCAUUAGAUAUUUUCCCAUGGGAGGUGCAGGUAAGGGUUGCCAUACAUUCGGGAAAUCCCAGGCAUGUACUCUUGGGGGGAGCAACAUGCCCAUCUGGGGGGGAUUUUUACAUUUUAAAGGAAAUGUGCGGGAUUUGGGGUGUGUUUGUUUGUUUGUCCCACGUGCCUCUUUCCCUGGCUUGGGUUAGCAGUGGCUUGGGCUGUCCUCUUUUUUUGCUCUUCAAGGUAUGGCAACCCUAGUACAGGUUGUCUUCGAAAAAGCAAAGCAUCGACAGGGAGAAAGAAACAGAUGUUUUGCUGCCUUGCAUGCAGAGCAGCUAGUUCACAUUUGUCUCAUUUAGUCUUGUGUGAUGAAGCAUUGCCUCAGAGAUGAAAUCAGCUCCGACCCCCGCCUUUUACUUUCCAGUAAAAGGAGGGGAUUUGCCCUCCCCCUCCAUAGACAGGAAUGACUGAUGGAGUGGAUUUAAACAGACCACAGCCUCCUCUGUACAACCCCAGACAUGCCCAAGGAAAGAAGGAGACCUGUGUGUUAUUCCCAAAAGAAUUUCUCAAGUUCCUGCUGCUUGCAAUUCCCGGCCUCUGUCCUCUUCAGUGUGCAAACAUAAUUAUUUAAGAAAGAAAAUAAUGACUCUAGUUACGGUAGUGGUUGCAGUAAGGGGCAGGGGUGGGGUGGGGGGAUAGUGUUUGGUGAGUGUCUUGACAAGCCUUUAUUUUAUUUUGUUUUUUUUAAUACUGUAAUGGCAACUGCAGCAAGGGAUGACUUGCCUCGCCUGUGGGCUGGGUGAGUUCCAGCUGUUCAUCCCCACUUCCUUGCCUCAGGACAUCAGUGGGAGCUAUUAUUGCCUGUUAGUUGUCAUCUGCCAGCAAGGGAAGACCUGCCUGCAUCAACAGGCUCUGUAGUCUAGUGGGGUUGCCAGUGUGGUGACCAUGGAUGUGAACCCAGAUCUCCCCAGACAGAGUCCGGCACGCUAACCACAACACUACCCUUUUGGCAGCUCACUAUUAUAUGACUGCCUGGUGAUCCUAAUAAAUUGUGUAUUCAGCUCUGUACUAUUAAUAAUAAUAAUAAUAAAUUUUAUUUAUAUCCCGCCCUCCCCAGCCAAAGCCAGGCUCAGGGCGGCUAACAACAAUCAAAUAAUCAAACAAUCAAAUAAUCCAACAUUCUAAAACAUUUCAUUAUAAAAAUUAAUUAAAAUCAAAUUAAUGGCAACCGUUAAGCAAAGUUCUGUGCUGGUUGCCAGAGGAGGGAGUCAGGCUGGGCCCUGACCAAAGGCCUGGUGGAACAACUCUGUCUUGCAGGCCUUGCAGAAAGAUGUCAGGUCCCGCAGGGCCCUAGUCUCUUGUGACAGAGCGUUCCACCAGAUUGGAGCCGCAACCGAGAAAGCCCUGGCUCUAUUCUUUGCUGUUUGAGGAUAUAUCUAGCUGUCUGCAUUUUUUUAUUCUCCUUGAGGGCAUGCCUACUCUUCAAAUUCACGAGUACACUAUUGCUUCACCUGCUUAAAUAAAGCUGUUUCUUUACUAGGUCAACUAAAAUGUCACAGAACAGUGUGCAAUCUUUUGAGUUCUCCAGAACUCUUCAUCAGGCUUGAGGUUGGCAGGGCUGUGGGUGAGAGAGAGAUUAGCUGGCUGUGAAAACAUGAGUCUUCACUACCAGCCUUUUUUCUGUUUUUCCCUAUCCCCUUUCUUUGCUUAUCAUCUAGCCUGAUGAAAAGCUCUGCAGAACUCAAAAGCUCUCACACUACUUUGCCACAUUUUGGUUAGCCUAAUAAUGAUAUUGCCCUAAUAUGGGGGGUUUUUUCUUAUGGGCUGGCACAGCUGCCCUUAGGUUUGUUGAUUUUUAAACAACAUUCCCUGCUUGUUUUUUAGUCAACAUGUUUUCAUCAUGGUCUAUUCUACACACAAAUUCUGCUCAUGAAGAAAUGAUACGUUUUUCUCUGCCCUCAGUACUGCCUUUAAAAAAGAUUCCUGUGUUUAGACAGGUGGCAGCUGGGGAUUUAUUGGCCCAAGUUCACCACUGCCUGAGCAGCUCUUUGAAUAUAUGAUUUCUUUGCUGUUCUUCUACCCGUCUGGAUUUGUUUUUACAAUUCUCAUGGCUGAAAUGCUGACAAAAUGAAAAGAAAAAACUUUUAAAAAGAAAAAAAAAGCUUUUAUAGUGAACCUGAACUGUGUCUCGCUCUCAUUUGACCAUUGGGGAAAGGCGCUUGAGUCAUAUAUAAAAGCUGGUUAAAAUGACGAGAACUUGGAAAGUCAGAGGGGAAAGUUUAAAAGCUCUGUGUCUAGCCUGGGACUCCACCAACCACUACAAUGGCAUGCUCUAACCACAACACGUAUUGUGAGCAGGGGCCUGUGGUCUGUGGUUUGUUUCUUCCAGAAUGCAAGUGACUCCACAUUGUUGCCAUAAUUGCUGUUGAAAAACAAUCAUCAAAGUGCUAGGUGGGUGUUUUAAGGAAUCAACCACACUUGUGGUUUACCAUGUUGACCAAAUGGCCCACCAUCUAGUAGGACACAUUAGUAACAUUUGAUUUCUAUGCAGAUAUACCACUCAAUAACAAAAGACAUCCUCAUGUUCUGUCAACGGUUAGAAAGAGAAGCUAGUAUGUCAGGUAGCAAGUUGUCAACCAUCCAGGAAACUCUACCCUAUAUGUGGUGUGGAGAAGGGGGCACCCCACUGCCAUGAAGCAGAGUGAGGUUUGGGGUGGGCAUGUAACCUACUUUAGAGAGGACAGUAUUUGAAGGUGUCUUCUAUUUAAAGGGCUGUUCAGGUCAAGUCCGGUUUAAAGAUAAAGAACCGGAAGAAGAAAGGAGAGCAGCAGGGACAUUGAAGUUGUUCAUCAACAAUAUGUACCUGAAUGCUACUUGCAGAGAAUCACAAAUGGGGAGGCUGCUGUUGUGCCCAGGUCCUAUUUUCAGCAUUCCUAGAGGCAUCUGCCUGGCAACAGAAUGUUGGGCUAGAUGGGCCAUUGACCUUAUCCAGCUGUGCUGUUCUUACGUUAAUUAGGAGCUGGACAGCAGACUGAGCAGGCAUACAGGUCACUUGGUUGCAGUCUACCCCACUGUGAUGCAUUGUAUUUCUGUGCAUUUACCUCCAAGGAGAUCAAGGUGGUAUACGUGGUUCUCUCCUCCCCAUUUUAUGCUCAAAAAAUCCUGUGAGAGACAGUGACUGAUCUCCCCGUGAGCUUCAUUGGCUGAGUAGGAAUUCAAAGCCUGGUCUUCCAGAUCCUAGUCAAACACUUUUAGCUGUUACACCACACUCACUCCCCAGUUGUAGUCCUAAUACCCCCUAUGGACGUGGGCAUUGGGACUCUGCUUCCAGCAGUAAAUGUCUUGAGCUGGCACUAUAUACGUACACUGGUCAUAGAAAGAAACAUUGUAUAUUCAAAUGACAAGUCAUUUUGUGGAACUGAAGUUUGGGGACUUGACUGCAUUGCUUUAGUUGUACCGACAGCGGCUCAUUCAUCUCUGAUGUGACAGCCUCACUCCUUAAUCCACAAGCCCCCUGUUCUCUGUCUGCGUGAUCAACGCAGGCAAUUUGAAAAAUUCAAAUGAUUUCAUCCUGUUUGUUUUCCUGUUUCUCUUAAGAAAGCAAAUCUUAACAAAACAAAUACUCUGAAGUUCACUGGUUUAUUUUGUCCAUGAUUUCAGUACAAACAUGUUUGUUCUGGUUAAACUCUUGCAAUACCCUCUCUUAAUUAUAUUCAACACCCUCCCAUGAGAAUUGUGACUGAGGUUAUAUAAAUAUACCACACUUGGUUCCAGCAAUUCUAGCUUCACUCUUGUGGCUGUCAUAUCCCUUUGCUGCGUUUAUAUAGCCAAACAAUCACUGAGACUGAAAUUCUAUGCACGUUUGUUUCAUACAUAAUGACGAAGUAGAAUGCCUUCUUGUGGAGGCAGUUAUGGGAAGGCUGGAGCCAAAUUGCCUCUGGUCCCAGCCAAACCAGUGGAGAAGGUCUCGCUGCCUCAUCUCACUUUGUCUGAAGCUGACAGGCUGAAUGGCUAUAUCAGAUGUUGCCUGGGCAUUCUAAGAACAUAAGAGCAUAAGCAGAGCCCUGCUGGAUCAGACCAUGACCAAUAGUCGGAAGUGGGGGUGGCAUUGUAGUACAGCAACAUCUGGAGGGCCACAGAUUUCCCACCGUAUCUAUAGCUGUGGGUUGUCCCCAUCCUCCUUCCUAGGUGGGGCACUGCCUAAUGAACCAACUUCCACAGGCCACAUCAUCUGAUUGAGUAUAUGGCAGUGUUUAGUGUUCCUAAUGCUGAGUGCAAAGGGGACCCAUACCACUUAAGGAUGUUGUUGGAUUUCCAACUCCCAUCAGUCCCAGCCAAUGUAGCCAACAAUCGGGGAAGAUGGGAGUUGUAGUCCAACAACAUGCGAAGGGUUGCAGGUUUUCCACCCCAGAUAUAGGGCAAUAAAUAGGCAGCCGUUUCUCAUUUCAUUGGUUUUCCACACCUGAGCUAGCCAGAAUUGCCUGUUCUAUGAGCAGCACCCCAAGGUAUGAGGAAGAAGUUAAGGAAUUCCAUUUCUGUGAAUUAUGAUAUGAACUGACCUAAUCUGCACUGCCUAGUCUAAUGGAACCUAAUUGGAACCCAAGUCUCCUUUUAAAUUCUAUACCUCUCCAAAUUUUGUAAUAGCAUUUUCAGCUCAAAGAACUUAUCAAAAUGCAUAUGUAUUCCUAUGUCCUUUUAAAAUGCAUUGGGGGGAGUGUUAUUGAGUUGUUCUUAUUUUGAUUAUGUGUUUUGUAGUUUUGUAGCUUUAUUUUAUUCUGUGAAGCACCCUGAGACCUCCUAAGCACGUGCUUAUUUUGCUUAAUGGUUAAUCCAGCCCUGCAUGUAGCCACACAUUCCUAGGCUUCAGACUACCAGGGCUGAAAUUGUGCCACCAGAGUCCACAAACUGUACUUACUAUGUAUGUUUCUAUCCAGGAGGUAUGCCUGGUCUCAAGGAAAAUAUGACAUGUUAGUUGUAUAAGCAUCCUCCCACUACCCAACAUCUCUUGAUGCAAAGGAAACAUGCCAACACACGCACACACGUCCCCAAAAAAACAAUGUACUGAAAUGUGUUUAUAUAUAAAACUGCCACAGAUGGAGAUAACAACCCUCAUCUAUAUUUAGGUCAUGCCAGGUUCUUUUCCUUAGAGAUAAUUGAUAAUUGGAACAACAGCAAUUUUUCCACCUGGAAAGUUCUGGUUUAUCAGCUAUAAAUGGUAAUGCAUCAUCACAUGUUAACUGUUUAAUGAUUCCAUUGCACUAAGCUUUGGUAUUUAUCUUCGUGGCUAACUUCAAAGAAAGCUGAAGCUCAGUUGGGUAGAAAAGGGAAUUUUUUCAGGUUCAGUCUUUCUCACACCUGCAAAACAAGCUGCAUCUGCCAAAAUUCCUUCUUAAGAGCCAUUCAAAAACAUUUCCAGUGUAGUCCAGUCUCAUGUUGCCAUGAUGGUGAUGAUUUGAUUUUAUUUGUACCCUGCCCAUCUGAAUCACCUGGGUUCACAGAUGAAAAUGCUGUUAUUUCCCUUCCUGGGUGAGCAGCAGUAUUUAAGGGCAGAGGCCCGCCUACCUGUGUCUAGCAAAUGCUUUUGCAUAUUAAUGUAUUGGGAUAUGAGAGAGAUUGGCUAACUACAUUUAGCAUACAUUAUUUGGGUAACAUCUUUAUUAGGCCAGAUGACACAUCCCAAAAUAGUGUGAAAGCUUUCAAGUUCUCUAGGACUCUUUAUCAGGCUAAACAAACCAAAGCUGAGUAGAGGAGGGGAAAGGCUGGCUGGUGGUGAAGUCAGAGUUGAGAUGGUGUCUAAGGAGGCUCUGUGAGGUGCUGUGCCUUGGUGGGAGUUACUUCUGAGUAAACAUACAUAGUCUGCAUGUUGAGUAUUGCAUGUGGCAAGUGGUAGGGUUUUUGUGGAAUAGUGAUAAAUAUGUAGAAGGAUCAUUUAUGAGUCACUGAAUCAGUCAUUCUUGUUCUUGUAAUUAUUUUUAGCAUUAGUCUUAAACUAUGCAAGCAUGGAUGAAUUAACGUUACUAGUAAUCACAGCCUUUCUCAUCAUCCUCAUUAGAGAAAGAGAAAACACACUAUGGCUUUAUGAACUGUUCAUUUGAGCUACAUGUAGACUAGUGCAUCCUUUGCUAUCCUGUUGGUGCCUUCCAUCAGGAAAAAUGGGAAUGACUUGUUUCCAGUUCAUUAGGUUUAGAGGAUGGUUCCUAGUAUGUAAAAAUCCUCAUAUGAAGGGCAGUAUAUAAAUUUAACUGAUGAUGAUGGUGACAUAUAGCUCUCAUUUUAAAAUGUGCUCUAACAGUUUGUGGGGAGGAAGAGAAGGAAAAUUUCAUGUACAGUAUGGGGUAAAAUUGCAGAGACUUAAAGAAGAAGAAUAUAAUGAAGAAAGUGUGAGUCAGGAAAAAUAAGGGGCAAAAGGCUUUAUUUCCAAAUUGUUUUCAGAAGCUGCUUCUACUGAAAAGUCCAAUAAAAAUCUUGUUUCCAAUGAACUCUCUUUAACUAUCCAUAGAAAUCUGUGGUCACACACACACACACACACACACCUUACUUUGCUAAACCUGUAGCCAGAGAUAUGGCUAAUUGUUCUGAGCCAAUAUGUGAACUUCAUACUGCACCCCUUCCUACUGGCAGAGUUAUUUAUAUCCCUAAGCCCCCUGGGAUGUUUUUCCCUUAGUCCAGUUGAUAUUUCAUCCUUGUUGCAUAUGACAGGGCUGGUGAUCCUCCUUCAGAAGUCAGAGUGUGUGAACAUUCAAUGGUAUCACAGCAGCUCAGCCAGUAGACAGGUGACAGCUAAUUUAGCAUAUAUUUUAGAAUUCCACAAUAAAUUGUGUUGGUAUUGCAUUGGGAAAUGUCUGUGGGGCUCUGUGCAUGAUGAGCUGAGUGAAAUUCUAGCUGCGUGAAAAAUCUGCAUAUGUUGGACAUCAGUGCGUGGAAAGUCAGCCAUAUGGACAUGCUCUCUGCACAUGAUUUUCCUUUCAACAUACAUUGAGAAAUACUAUAGAGAAGUGCUUUACUGAAAGUCCUGUUCUUUUUGUAGCCACUAGUCAUAUUACCACAUUGUGGUGGUUAUAUCUGCGUGUGAAACACAAUUGAGAGCCCUAAGAUUGAAAAAGGUGCUUGUCAUGUACCAGUUCUGGACUGAUUUCUUCCUUUGCCUUUCAGCUCACAACUCCAGCUUUCCCUGUUGUCGUCAAGCUGGGACAUGCUCAUGCUGGAAUGGGGAAGGUAAGCAAGAGACAAUAUCCUCACUUUGAGAAUGACAUAUAUGCUGUGUACCCUUUGGUGUGCAAAACAGCAUACAAUCCUUUCACUGGAACAAAGUGAAUUUCCCACAUCUUCCCAGCACCACCACGACAAAGCCUCAAGAAGAGAAGGGGGGAAUGGGGGGGAGACAUGAUAGUAGUGUUCAAAUAUCUGAAGGGCUGCCACACAGAAGAUGGAGCAGACCUGUUAUCUUUUGCUCCAGAAGAUAUGACUAGAACCAAUGGAUGGACAUUUUGGGGGAGUAGAUUUUGUCUAAAUUUAGGUAUUUAAGCAGAGGAUGGACAGCCAUUUUUGUUGCAGAUUUUGCACUGAGCAGGAGGUUGCAGGGCUAAAUUGUGGUGGUGCAAUUGGUGCAAGUGUACCAGAACCCAUGCCUACAAGGGGGCACAGACUCUGAACAUUCACAUUUUAAAAAAGAAGUUUUUGACCCUCCCAGAAGGAAAGUUACAAAGCAAAAUGUGCAGGCAACCUUCUAAGUGUAAGUUGAGCCAGCCUGGCUGCUUCGGCAUUUCAGUGUUUCUAGCCAAUGAGUGACGUCUGAGCUGUGACUGAGUGCUGAGUAAAUAGUUUGGACACUAGGCUACAGGAAUCCUUGGAGUACUAAAAUGCUGCUUUUCCCCUCCUCUUUAGUGCACUUUUUCUUCCUGCGUCUGCCUAAUCCUUAGAAUCUCUGUAGUUUUAAAGACCUUCCAAAAUUCCCCUUGUCUCCCAUUGCCCUUCUUUUCUUCUAGCAACUAGGAUAUGCCAAGAAGAGGGUUGAACAAAAACAUAAACCUAUGAUUCUGUGAUUCGUGUCAACUCUCAGUUUAGAGGGGCAAGUCCAUAUAGUUGGACAUAAACCUGAGGCCAGACUACAUGAAAAUGGGAGAGAAAGGCUAUAGAGUGCUAGGGUAGAAGUCAGUUCGGGGAGAGAAUGCACAGGGUGGGUAAUCAGAUUUCUCCUCAAAACCUGGAAAGUGAGCCGAAGUGUGAUUGCAUUACUGCCCACAAAGGUUCUGUAUUUUCAAUAGGAACAGGUGUUUUGCUGCAGUGCCCCAGGUCCAGCUCAUGGAAAUUCACCAGUAGCACAGUAGAAUGUCCACUGCUGAAAAUCCAGGACCUGGAUAUUAGCGACAAUUGUUAUAAUAUGUUAAUACAAUAGUACAUCAUGUCCCAGGAUCCUUAUAGGAUGUAUAAAAUAAAUAAUUGAAAAUAAUGAUAUUGCAAUGAAAUACAUUGGAAAAUUUCACCACGUGAUAUUAUACAGUUAUGACAUUGGGGGGAGGGGACGUUAAAAACAUUGACUGAUCCAUUUAAGAUCAGGGCUUUCCAUCUGACAGUGAAACAUAAAUAGGAUUGUGUAUAUGGAAAGCUUAUGCUGAACUGGAGUGUACUGAACGCAGAGUGGAUACCUGCUUGAGAGCUUCUUUAGCAACUAUGAGGCUUUUGUCAUGCUUUUCAUUGAAUGAAAAUUGGGUAGUCAUCUUUCAAAGUGUUGUUAAUUUGUACCCCAAGGGGCUCAUGGGCCCUCUCUGUGUGGGUAUUCUUGCCUACAAAAAGUGGUCACCAUCAGUAACUGACCCCCCUGUUUGAUCCUACUGAAUGACAGCCUCCUGUUAUUCACUCUUUCCCCCCUAAAGGAAAUAUAGGCAUUCAUUUACUGGGAUUUCACAGAGAAGGAAAGAAGUUUCCUGCCUUUUUGUUUGGGAGCUUGCCAAGGGAGAAAUCCUAAAAACAGUUUUCUUCCAAACCUGUUUGUUUUUCCCAGACUCUCUGGGAUCGUUCUGCAUUCAAUGGAUUAGCAGCUUCUUUUACUUUGGGAAGUGGAAGCAGCAUUCCCCUCUGCCAGUGGAACACUAUCUGCAUUUUGAGCAAAGCUACUAUAAGCACCUUGGCUUCUGGUCAUGUAUACUGUUGUCCCUAGCACUAGGACAAGUAAUGUUUGUCUGAAUAUUAUCUGCCAGUUACUCAGGAAUUUAGGAUCUGAUAUGAUUCCCCCUCCCACACUUAAAUUAUUUUUUUAUCUCCACAUCAAUAUCCAUUCAAUACCACCAUCAUUGCCACCUUGUUCUCUCUGCCCUUUCCCUCAAAUACCAUAGUGUGGACUGAAAUAAACCAAUUCUUUCUUCAUAUGCAUAAUUCAGGAUUACAAGAACAUAUAAAGUCAUAACAGAAACCGUCUUUUUCUCCAAUCAUUUCUAGAUGCCUGCCUUGCAUUGAGAAGCCCCUUGGAUCUCUCACAGAGAGAGCUGAGCCCAACCCAGUAUUAUUAUAAUCAUUUUUGAUGGCCUGUUGUGAUCUACAUCUCCUUUCCUCGUUCUGAAAAUGUCAAUGAAUAUAUAUUUUUAAAAGAAACAACUUGUUAAACAGAAAGAAAAUAGCGCUGAAAUGAAAUUAGGAAUGGGAAAGAAUUAUCAAUCAAAUUUUCCUAUCUCGGAAAUGCUCCCAGAAAUUCAAAUGUGUGCGAAUUCUAAACUCAAAUUAGUUUCAACAUCAGUUAUAGAUGCCCCAAGAUUUUCUUAAGGCAGAAAGUUGUUGAUAAGGUAUUAUCUUUGACAAGUUAUUAUCAGACAUUCCUUGUAGAAUUAACUCACAAAGUCAAACUUUCGAAUUUCUGAAAUCCUUAAAACAUUUUAAUGCUGAAAUGUUGAAUAUAUACAAAAUUUCAUUUUACUCUGUACAAGGAAGGGAGUGAGUGUGUGUGUGAGAGAGAGAGAGACAGAGAUGGUAUAUUAUAGUUCUACAAUUCUGUUUAUCUAAUGCCAACUUUGAGCAGAGCCAGCAGAUAUGAAUUUGAAAUCUGUUUGGCCACUGCCAACCACAUUAUUGCAAAGCAGAAAUCAGGUGAGUUCGUUAUACUCUGAUCUGAAAGCCAAGCUUUCCAGCUGUGCUAACCUUUGGGUAGGGAGGAAUUUGGGGAUCAAAUCACACCCUAAAUUUCCUUUCAUGUUGCUCUGUUGCUUUCUGUGAUGUGUGGACCUUAACUGUUUCCUGUUUAUGUUAAAAGGAAGCUAGUCUUGCAAACAAGAUGAAAAGUCCAUUUGUAGGCUACCUUGUGGUUGCAUGACAUUCCUUGGAGGACAGCUGUAUCAUUGGCACAUCUUUAUCCCAAACUCCUUUCAUCCCUGUUUGUUUCUUUGUUUACAUCACAUAACCAAGAUCCUUUAACUAUAGAUGAAUUAAGCUAGAACAAUUAACAGUUCCUAGCUCUACCCUCACUAUGUUUUUAAGUUUUGUUGUGCAUUUUAAUUUCACAUUUUUAAAAAUGUUUCUGUGAUUGGUUUUUAUUUUUGUAAACUGCUUAGAAGUCUAUUUUGGCCUUGAUAAAAUAAAUCAUCUUCAUUACCAUGUUAGAAUCUGUUCUCCACCCAAACAUAUGCACUGAAAAUGUUGAAAUGCCACCCUCUUUGACCCAGUUCAUACACUGAACAUGUUGAAUGGGUCACCAUGUGAAACAUUACAACAUGGAGACAUGUGUAUGUGGAAAACCACUUGCAUAUGCAAAGUAACAUACAAAACUAGCAAUUCCAAAGACACCAAUGAAACUCCCUUCAUUCACUGUUUCCACUUCCUUCACUGAUUGAAACUGAUAGACAUUAAGAGGUCAAUAACUCCAUAUGAAUUUUGCCACUUGGAGCGUCAAAAACUUUGAACAGCCACCAACAAAUAGUGAUGGAGAAGAAAUUCAAUUCAGUAUGCAUUUAAAGCCUAAUCUAACAAAUUCACGCUUUCUGAAAUAAUAUGUGAUCUGAAACUCAGCUAUCCUUCAGAGUUCUUACUCAUCUGAAUUUUGCAUUCCACUUCUCCAACCAAACAGCACUUACAAAAAUGUAUAUCUUAGAGGAAAGUGUGCAAAAAAAUGCAUACAGUGGAACCUCGAGUUGUGGAUGUAAUCCGUCCUGGAGGCACGUCCACAACUCGAAGCGUUCACAUCUAAAAGUGCCACAUCUGUGCACAUGCAGGGCACAAUUUAGCGCUUCUGCGCAUGCACGAAGCAUGAUUUAGCUUAGCGCUUCUGCGCAUGCGCAACUGGCGAAACCUGGAAGUAACCGUUCCCGUACUUCUGGGUUGCCGUGGGACGCAACUUGACAAGACGUAACCUGAAGCGGACGCAACAUGAGGUAUGACUGUAUUAGUGAAAAUAAUAUACAGUAAUGAAUUUUAUUAGGGAAAAUUGAUCACAAAAAUGUGUACAUUAGUGAAAACUUCAUAUAAAAAUCUGUUAGGAUAGUUUUGCACUAAAAUGCUGAAAAACUUUCAAUAGGUUUUUUUUAUUAUUAUUGCUGCAAAAUGUGAAGAACUGAAUGUAUGACUGGGGGAAACUAAGAGAACCAAAAUUUACACACCCUUCCACCCCUACCAAGAGACUUCAAGCAGCAAAUUGCACAUCUAAAAUGAGCAACUCCAAUUUUGAAAUUAUGAAUAGGACAAGGUAGCUUUAAAAGUUUCAACUGACGAACAACAAGUAGUUGUUAAUCAUGAGUAAGCACUUCUUUUAAGCCACUCUAUCACUUGAGGAAAAAUUCUUAUAAGCCUGACCUCUGCAACUGAAGACUAGACUGAAUAAAAUGAUAUCCCCAUGGUUCCUGUAUUUUUUUUUUUAAUAAUUUUUUUAUUAAAGUUUUAAACAACAACAAAAAGAAAAACAACACACACAAAAAACAAUACAAAACUUAACAAUAUAAACACAAAACAAUUAAAAACAAACUCUCUUUUCCAUUUCCAAUUUUAAGUUACUUAUUUUCUGGACUUCCUCAUACCUCCCUCUUUUGUAUUCCAAUCCACAUUAUUUGUCCAGCAGUUUCUUUUCCACUUUUUAAUCCCAAUCUUUAAUUUAAUAAAAUGUUAAAAUAUAUAACUUCAAGUUUUAAAACCUAAUCCUUUAAUCUUAAUAUCAUAUAACUUUAAAGUUUCCCCUUUUAAAAUCAAAUUUCCAUUUCUUUAAACUUAUUUAAUCUUAAUCUUUAAUCUUAAUCUAUCCUUAACUUUAACCUGUGCAGCUGGAAACCACUUGUUUUCAAUCCAUCAUCACUCUAACAUUCCUUAAUUUUGCAGUGUUUCUGAAGAUAGUCUUUGAAUUUCUUCCAGUCUUCCUCCAUCGACUCUUCUCCCUGGUCUCGGAUUCUGCCAGUCAUUUCCGCCAAUUCCAUAUAGUCCAUAAGUUUCAUCUGCCAUUCCUCCAGCGUGGGAAGUUCUUGUGUCUUCCAAUACUUUGCGAUGAGUAUUCUUGCUGCUGUUGUUGCAUACAUAAAGAAAGUUCUAUCCUUUUUUAACACCAUUUGGCCGACUAUGCCCAGGAGAAAGGCCUCUGGUUUCUUAGGGAAGGUAUACUUAAAUACCUUUUUUAAUUCAUUAUAUAUCAUUUCCCAGAAAGCCUUAAUCUUUGGGCAACCCCCCAUGGUUCCUGUAGAGCAGGGGUAUGGAACCAAACCUGGUUGAAAGAUGGACUUUGGGUCUUGGCUUAGUAAGAAAGGCAAUAGCCAGGAGACCUUACAUCUUAGGACUUUGCUGGGCUAUUUCUUUAGCACUGAUCUGUGUGGAACAGUAAGACAGUCAGAACAUGGAUGGAAGUUCAGGGAUCAAAGGCACUGAAAAUCAUGGCCAAAGGAUUAUUGGCAACUGCUUCCUUCCAAAACCGAGAAUAGAACUUCUGGUGGUUACUCAGUAAAACGGAGGCCUCAUAGAGAGUUGUUUAUCAGCCUUGCUACAGAGAAAAGCAGGGAAGACCAAGAGGGCACCAUCUCCCCCUCCCCCAAGCUUCCUCUGAGCUUUCUACAAAGCAUAAAGUGCUCACUGUGUGCUACUUAUGUGGUAACCUGACUGCCCAGGUGACACAGGGACAGAUCUCAAGUGAAAAAUAGAACUUUCACCUCUCCUUGACCAGAUCAGGGGAAGGAGAUAAGUGUUUGAACUACAGUGAAGGAAAAGAACAGCUCCUAUUUAUGGGUUAUGUAUAUUUUUUUAUUACUCGUGCUUUAUUUUUAGGCCUCUCUAAUUAGAGCUGUUAAAAGAGUUCCCUUCAGGUCCAUACCAGGCCCAGAAUUUCUUUUUUUGAACUUUCCCAAUUUAAUUCAUGGAUCAAAUGGUUUUACAGCAAUGGAAACUAAAACCUUGUUGUCCAAAAUGCCACAGUCAACAUUAUUUUUCUUGUGCAGGAUGUGGGCAUUUAAAAAACAACAACAACCACCAUAUAAAGCCAAAAAUAAACAAAGUCACUAUGUCUUGUUAAAACAUCAGCAGCCUUUUAGAGGGGUUGGCCCAACUCAUCACCAUGACUUUUCCAAGACUGGAAAUGAAAAUGAAAAGAAGAAUGUUCUGAAACCAAGAGCAUGAAAAAACUGGUGGUUUCUUUUCAAGAUGAAGGCAAAAGAGCAAAAGGUCUUCACUUGACAAGGGACAAAUAUUUUCUUAAAGAGAGAGGACAACAAAUAACUUCAGAUGGUAACACACUGUGAAGUGUACCAUUCAUUCACAUUCUGACUCAUAUCAGCAGCAGCCACUCAUUGCUGGAAAUAGCGGAGGCAUCCCAAGUAAUGAACGUCUUUAUGCUGCCUUUUUCUGGAUACAAAAACACUGUGUCACAAUGUCAAUAUCUGGCAAGUACCAGUAAUGUGGGUUGUUGAGAACACCCAUGUUUUAGAUGGAGGUAGCUGAGAAGCAUAAUAAGCAGUGGGGUAGCUGCUGACAGUCACAGAAUAAGGAACUGGCAAAGGAUGGUGUAGUGGUUAGCAUGUCUGGAUUUGGCUAGGAAAAUCUGAGUUCACAUCCCUAUGAACAAUGUGGCUUGACUACAGCCUAUGCAUGGUUACCGGGGAGUAAGCUCAGUGGUCUUACUGUUAACUGCUUAGAUUUCAUUUGUAAAAUGCCUUGAAUGUAAAGAAACAUAGGAAUCUGCCUUGCGUUUGUGUGUAUAAAAUAUGCAAUCUUGAAAAUAUCUCCACUGCAAGCACUUUCUUAGAAGGAUACUGUCAAACAUGAAAUCCUAAUUGGAUGGAUUCCGAUUUAGUUGUGCUCAGAGUAGACCCAUUGAAAUCAAGAUGAUCUGGGUAGACCGACUCAUAUCUCUGUCGUCAUCAGAGAGACCAUAAUAAGAAAGAGGAGGGAAGGGGUGGUUUGAACACAUAUGGGCACUAAAUAUAUCCAGAAAACAUCAGGAUGAUGGCCAAGGAAAUUCUGUACGCUCAGCUGCAGAUUCAAGGAGUUGAGUGAAGAAAGAGAAAGGUUAGAAUGCAGGAUUCAACAUGACUUGGGAGUUUCAUCAUUGGAGACACUUUGGCCCAUCUCCAAGUAUACUUUGAAAAUGUUUCAGUGAUUUACUAUGCUAUGUUUUACUUGAAACCCCCGAAGCUCAUUUCGAACAUUUGUAAUAUAUGGUUAUUGGAAUCUACACAUCAAGCAUUACAGCACAAAUAUUUUGUUUUAUUGUGUACUAUUGAGCAGCAAUCUAAAUAUAGAAUGAGAGUACAGUGGUACCUCGGGUUAAGUACUUAAUUUGUUCCGGAGGUACGUACUUAACCUGAAACUGUUCUUAAGCUGAAGCACCACUUUAGCUAAUGGAGCCUCCCGCUGCUGCCGCGCUGCCGGAGCAUGAUUUCUGUUCUCAUCCUGAAGCAAAGUUCUUAACCUGAAGCACUAUUUCUGGGUUAGCGGAGUCUGUAACCUGAAGCAUAUGUAACCUGAAGCAUAUGUAACCCGAGGUACCACUGUAUAUAUAAAAGCGAUUAAGUAAAUCAAAAUAUUACUCCUUAUGAGCAGAGAUUUUUUUAAAACAGUGAAUAGAAACGUACCAUUUCCUCUUUGAUAAAAUCAGUAAUUGACCAUGGGCAUAUCUAUGCUACAAAAUGGUUUUAAGUAUUUUAGUAGCAUAUAGGCUGAAGUGGGUCAUGUAACAAGCACAGGCCCACAAGAACCUACAGUUCAGCCUUGAGUCUUUGGUCUGAGCCACUAGCAUAUUGGCAAAAACUUCCCAGCAUAGUUUCUUUUCAUUAUUCAUGUCAUCCUUGUGCUCAGUUCAGUGAACUAAGAGUGUAAUGUCCCCUUAAGCACAUCCCUGCCUCUAGACCUCCCUCUCUCUUCCCUUGUCAUAGAAGAAACCUGCUGCAGGCUUGCAUUAGGAUGCCUGCUAGCAAACUCCAUACACAUUGCCCUGGCUUGUGCCCUGGAGAGGUCGCUUUGGUGCUGCUAACGUAGCAAAAACAGUGUGGAAGGCAGAAGUUAUGAGUUAUAAGCUCAACUUGAUUUGCAUACUGUAUGAAGGCUAUCACUUGCCUUUGUUGAUGGGAGAUAUCAUUGUGUCUCACUGGUCAGUUAUUGCCCACUUUAAACCAGGCAGCCCCCCAGUCAAUAAAGUGCUGACCUACCACUGUUCACCUGCUUCAGUGAGUGCUUGGAGUUCAGAAUACCACUCAACAAGGGGACCAAACUGCAGCAGGCAAAAAAAGAAAAAAGAAACCCUCUUGUGCCUUGACAGCUGGAACGCCAGGACUACCUGUCCUGGCUUGUCCACCAAUCUGCUUCCGGUCAACAACUCAUGGAAGAUAGCCAUCAUUGACCAUGAGCUGAAAAAUCUCAACACUGACGUUGCUGCUCUACAGGAGAGCAGAUGCGCUUCAAAUGACAGCUUCCAAGAGAAGAACUACACCUUUUUCUGGCAAGAAAGGCAUCCUGAAAAAUCUCAUAGGUUUUGCAGGUAGAACCACCAACUGAGGGUUCAGAACACUUGCUCACCUCUAAACCAGUCCAGUUAACAUCUUGAGUGUUUACUCUCCCACUGUCUCUACAGCCACAGCAGGCACUGCAACUCUGCAGCGGUUUGACUUCACCCCCGAAGGCACACUCUUCCACUGUCUCCCAAGACAGAUGGAUGUCAACAGCUAGGGAGCUACAUAAAACCCUAAAGCAGUUAUGUUCCCAGCAUCUAUACCUAGAGCCUGAAUUCUAUGAGCAAGUGUCAACAGACAACAUGACCCUUUUCCCAUGGUGGCUGGUGCCCAGUAAGACUGGUAGGGUGGAAAGCAGAGAGAUCAACAGUAGGUUGGUCCAGAACCAAUGACAGGAAGAGCCAACUAAUUCUAUUUUAUUCCCAUUCUCAUCCCUGCUGAGUUCUGUAAGGGGCAUUGUUGAUACUAAGGAGGUGGAACGUUAGACUUUAUUGCCGAAAACAGCAAUUUUUCCUCACUUCCUUACAGACUUUCUGGCUCUUAUCUGAAUUGGGUUACUAAGCUAAGUGAAAUCAAAGGUCUGGCCCAAUAUAGCUUUGCUUAUAUUUUAAAAGAGGAAGGAAUCAUGUCUAGUCUGAAACUAGUUUCACAAUUACAGCUGUAGCAACUCCCACCCACCAAGGGCCAAAUACGUGACAUGAACUUCAGAAAAGUUUAUUAAACACUGAAUUAGCAGCACCCAUAUUGUCUCCUUAAUUCAAACCCCUUUAGACAGAAACACGCACACACAAACUCAACAAAAUGUGUUCCAUGGGAACAGUCUCUUGAAAUUUCCAUUACCUUCUGUUUGUAAAGGAGCCAAAAUAUACAUCUGUUCUCCAGAUACUUUCACUUUUCAUUUAUAGUACAACUUCACUCCCCAAAAAGGAGAGGUUAAUGGAAUUGAAGGGUGAUGGAAUGAUGUGCAAGGAGGGCAGUGACACAGGAAUUAAAGCCAUAAGGGACACAUAAACCUAAUUUCCUGAGUCCUGAGAUUUGUCUGAUCUUCCUCUCUCUUCUGUCUUGAUGAAAAGAAGCUCGGCAAGGUUAUUCUUUUAAAAAAUUCAGCACUCUGCUUUUUCACCAUUUACCCUUCAGUAUAUUCAAGAGUGGACUUUUGGACUUCGCUGAAUUUUCUCCCCCAGCACAAAACCCUUUUGCUUUCCGCUCCCCAUAGAGAAUCUGAAAUAGUACAAGAGCCACCAAAAUCUAAUAAAAUGGGUUGAGCCAAUUUGGGCAAAAUACCAAUAUAAGUGGUUGCAUAUGUCAGCAAAAUCGCAAGGACACCCUCCCACCCUUGCCCUCAGACUAAUCUGGGAAAUCCUGUACAGUGGUUUACAAACUUAAUUCAUUCUGGAGGUCCGUUCUUAAACUGAGGCGCGCUUUCCCUAAUGAGGCCUACCAGUGCCGGUGCCCUUCUACUGUUUGGCUUCCGUUCAUAGACCGAGGUAAAGUUCGCUAACUGGAACAAUACUUCCGGUUUUGCGGAGUUCUUAUACCAAAUAUUUCGUAAACAGGGCUGUUCUUAAACUGAGGUACCACUGUAUAAGGGAAGGCAAUUCCACCUUUUCCCCUCCCUAGGCCCUUAAGAGGAGAUUGGAGGUGUGAUAUAUGUGUUGGUUUGUACCACACAUAAGUUUUUGUAGGAUAACAAUCUGUCCUACUUUACAGUGGACUGUCCUCUGUUUAAAGGGUUGUCCAGUCCAAAUUUGGUUUAAAGCUAAAAAGCCAUAAGAAGAGAAAGCAACAGCCAGCCUUGAAGUUUGUCCACCAACUCCUAACAACUGAACAGCAUACUGAGCAGACACACAGGCCAUCUGGUCGGUGGUCCCUGGUACGGUGAGAUGUAUUGCAUUUCUACUUGAAUUAUUUCUAAAUUUGCACAUAUGCACAUAAAUUAUUACAAGCACUCUUAUGCAAAUCAGCACCUCCCUUUUUUGGCAAUGCAUAAGUGACCACCCUCAGUGUUCUAUAGGGAGGGGAUCCAAAAAUGGUUUAACUAUCAUACCUGGAGCCCUGCCAGGCUCAAGCCUAAAGGUAAAGGUACCCCUGACCAUUAGGUCCAGUCGCGGACGAUUCUGCAGUUGCACGCUCAUCUCGCUCUAUAGACUGAGGGAGCCGGCGUUUGUCUACACACAGCUGCUGGGUCAUGAGGCCAGCAUGACUAAGCUGCUUCUGGCGAACCAGAGCAGUGCACGGAAAUUCCUUCAGGGCAGAAAUGAGGGCAGAAGAAUGCUCUAGUGUUCCUCUCUGCUUUUUACAACUUAAAAAAAACAGCUUCUCUCCCAUUGCAAACAAUUUAACACACACACACACACACACACACACACACCACAUAAUUUAUAAGCUUCUUAUUCAAGAAAGGAAAUUCCAUAGGUGGUUUACAAAAAAAAUGGUGUAAAAUAUUUCUAAAAAAAAUACAAAUAAAAUUAACAAAAUUUAAAAACAAGUAUACAUAAUAAAAUGAUUAAAAAUGCAGAUAAAAUCAACAGAUUUUUAUAAUAAAUGUGUCUGGGUAGGUUUGCCAUAAGAUAAAAUGGUUUUAGCAGGUACCUAAAGUUGUCCAAGGAGGGCACCUGACUGAAAAAUGAGAAAGAAUUAAAAGGGGGUGCAUUGGAUGAGCUUCUUAGCUUACCUAUCUUUCUCACUGGCUUAGAGUGUGCUAAGCUGCUUCCUAGUCCUCCCCGUAGCAUAACCCUUUUAGGCCUUCCUAAUGUUAAAACAUCAGUUGAAGUUAGAGGAUCCAGUGAAGAUCAAGAGAGAGCAUCCACCAUAUCUUCUUCUCCAUUAUCAGGCCUCUGUCUCCUACACUGAAGGGGUAGAUCCAUUCUAUCCCAUGGCACCUGGAAAGGCAUGCCCUCCCAGGGAUCAUGGGUUCCUACCCUUACUUGCUUAGGACUGAAUCCCACAUUCUCUAUCCACUAGCACACGGGGUCUUGCGCUACCAGACGGGCGACAUUUCAUGUUGUGCAACAGAGAAAUCCAGUGCAACAGUUGCGCUAGUGGAAACUUGUUGCAGAACAGACAGCACAAUCUAUUGUACGACAAAGUUCGUUCAAAAACGUUUUGGCAGUGGAACAAGUAUACUGCUAAAUCAUUUUUAGCUUACCAUAACAUUGACUGCAACCCUGUACAAGUACUGAGUUAGCAGGAGCUGCACUGGUGCUCAAGCUAAAUAAAGAUCAAAGAUGAAACUCAGGCCCAAACUAAACAUGAGGUUAAUGCUUGAAUGUAUUUAACCACAUGCACAUUUUUGUUAGGCUCCCCUCCCCCUGUUAUUUGCAUGAGUGCAGCCUUGGGAUGAGAGGGAGGAUCUUAACCCUGCCACAGUCCCAUCAAAAAUAGCCUCCCCAAAGCUGUUGUUUGCAUUCCAAGGGAAGCCUCCCUUGGUGCCAGCAAAGUCUUCUUAGCACCUUUCUGGUGAAACUUUUUGUUUUGAUUGGACGGCAUUUGUCAAUACAAGUGUCUGAAGCUUUCACAACUAGUCAUGCAAUCUCUGUAGGAAGCUGCAGCUGAUAGUUUUAGAAAGAGUACCUUGCUGAGCAAACGGACGUCACACAGUUUAGCAAAUAGAUGGUAAAUUGUACAUUUGCGAUUUUGCAAGACGUCUGUUCCAUUUGAGGGAGACUGAAUUCGUUCUUAAUAGGAGUCAAAAUAAAUGUGCCCUUUUAGAAGUAUUUAAACAUGGAUGUACACACACACACACACACACACACACACUGCUUCUUUCUAUGAGAUGGUGGCCCUGUUCAGACCUGGGAAAGAGCAGUCAUUCUGUGACAGAGCAUUAGCCUAAGGUCCCGGGUUCAAUCCCUGACAUACCCAGGUAGCCCUCUUUGCUCCUUAGAGUAAGGGUUGGACUCAAACAUGAUUAUUAUUGAUGGUGAUUUCAAAAAUGCAUCUUCUAAUUUAUGCUUUUGCAUGCUCUCUUUCUCAUCCUUUCUGACUGACUGCAUUUUGCCCCUUUCAUUUCAUGCCUGUGCCUCAUUUAAUGGAGACAGGACUUCAGCUGCGAGAUUCUGUAGAGGCAUUCUGCCAAAACUACAUGAGAUUUAUUAGUUUUAUAAAGUGCUUCAACUUAAAUAGGCCUGAUAUAAAUACAACAACAAAUCAGUGGUAGCUUUUUUAAAAACACACACUCGCACGCUCUGCAUCAGACUGACUCUAAAUAAACUCUAAUUGACAUCAAUACAUCUGUUGCUUAUCAUUUUGUUUCCACAGAGAAGCUACACUUCUAUCAGCUGAUAGUAACACCCACCAGAUCAAAAUUUCCAAAUAAGCUACACACUGGAGAAUAGGGGAGUCCACUAAGUGGAGCUGAAGAUAAAGUUGUGUGUUUAUUCUGGUAUCUGAGAUCUGAUGCAUCCCCAUAAGAAGUAUGGAAUACUAGGGAGUGCUAGAGCUUGAAUUAUAGGUGUGGUACGAGGCCGGAUAAUAAUUAUGUUCACAAGAGACUCAUUGUUCUCAGAGUUUUGCAGAGCUACAUACAGAUCAAGGCUGACUCAUGAUGACUAGCUUAGGACUUCUUGGUUUCCGUGACAACCAUCUGUCUAUCCCAUAAAAUAACUGGCCUGACAGAUAAAGCAGAACCCAAUUUAGAUCUGACAGCGGCCUGGACAUGAGGUUCACUUGUAUUUGAGAGACACUAUUCUUAGGCCCACAUCAUUCCCUUCUAAAGACACAAGUUCCAGAUCUCCUAUGUCUCUAUCUGUGUAAUAGAUGCUAGUGGAGGCAGCUGGAUUGUAAGCAUUUAUGGGGAAAUAAUAGGGAUGGGCUGAGCUGCUAAUUCCAUUCUGUUUUGUUCACGCUGAUACAAAGUCACAGGUCUUCUCGGUCCCAUUGUGUGCAUUUUUGCACCUUUUUGUAAAAAAUUUUUUUUAAUGUUACAUAAAAUACAUGCUUUUCAAUACAGUAGUCACCAGUAGAAUGUGAAUCUUGAAUGAUUUUUUAAAAAUGUAAACUGUAAGAAUGAUAGCUAUCUAACUACUUCCACUAAUGCAAGGAUUUAUUUCUCAGCAACGAAACUCUCCCUCUCUCUUCUCUUCUCACCUGCUCCAUUCCCUAAAUAUUUUCUGGGUUUUCGACCACCAUCUUGGAUCUGAUAUGGGGAGGGUGUAGAAGGCACGCAGUUGGAGGAGAGGGAUGGGAAGUUCCGUUGUGUAGCCAAAAGACCAUGUGCUAGUGGAAGCACUUCAUUGGAUACCAACCUGUGCUUUCUGUUGAAUGGUUUCUUUAAAUGUAAAGGUUCAUCAUUGUUCCACCCGAUGUGUAUGUCUUUAAGGGGCCAGAGCAAGGGCCAGAGCAAGAUAACAAGACCCAGCUUUACAGCUGUGAAACAUAGCAGGUGCUGCUGAGUUGUAUUGAUUAAGCUGUGUCAGCAAUUGGGUGUAGUAUAUAAGGAGCAGCACCUAGCUCUCCCAUUCCCCUGGGGGAUGGGUUGGUGGUUGGGUCAUGUUUGUUUGUUAAUGUAUUUAGUGUAAAAGGAGUUUUUGUUUUUGUAAUUAAAAUCUUGUUUAAGUUAUUUUUGAGUCCCUUUUUAAUGCAUGGUCUCCCCAGCAAGCUCUCUGCAGCGCUACCAUACUGCAAAAAGCCAACACUUUCAUGCACCCUUUUUCUGCAUCAAAAAUCCACUGCAAAAUCCUGGGAAGUAUUUAAUGAGACUGGGAGAUGCAUGACAACCCAUAAGCAAAUCCAGGAUCAUUGGUUCACAUCAACUGCUGAAAAAAAUGGACCAAACAUAUUCCUGCCCCAUCCUUAGGACAUGCAAAAGAAUAACUAAAACAACAGCAACAAUGCUGCUGCAGUAUAGAGUGCUUUUGUUCAGGCUUCCAGGCAUUCUGUUCAAGUCUACCUCGCCCUCAGUUUCCCAUUUUUCUCAUCCCAGUAGUCAUCCAUGGCCACUGAGAGUACUCAGUCACCAGUAGACUGUUUGGGAGAGGCACCCCAUACACUCACCCACCUUCACACACAUUUUGAAUUUCCCCCUAAAUAUUUUUUUUUAUACUUCUACAAACCUUGGGCUUUCUCCCUGUGCAUGGGUGGUGCUUUAGGUUGUAUAAAUGGAACGAACAUCUGCUUUGCAAGCAGAAGGUCCCAGGGUUCAAUCGCCAACAUCUCCAGGUACGGGCGUGGGCAAGUCCCCUGUCUGAAAGCCUGGAGAGCUCAGCCGAUACUACUGAGCUAGAUGGACCAAUAGUCUGUGUUAUGUACUGUGCUGAAUCCUAGAACAAUAGGAUCCAGAAUGCAGCAAUCUGAUUCGUCCGCAGGAGCCACCCAAUCCAGCUCCAGGUGGAAGUGCAGGAGCAGCCAAUCAAGCUCCUAGAUGAAGUAAAUCAGCAACCUGAUUGGCCUGCGGGAGCAGCCAAUCAGGCUUCUGGAGGAGGUGAAUCCGCAACCUGAUUGGCCUACAGGAGCAGUCUGGAAUUAGCCAAUCACACAGGGCCCAUUGUGUAAAUAAUGUAUAUAUAGCUAGACAUUUCAGGGAAAGUUUCAUUCAUUGCUACUAUGAGCUGAAUAAAGAGCAUGAAAUUCACACUCGACUCCAAGUAUAUUUCAGUCUGACUCGAUCGAAGGCAGCUUUCUUCUAACCUCCUAGAAAACACUUAAAAGUAUGGUUUUGUUGCUUUUUUUCUCCACUUCCAGAAUUUGCUAAUGAACAACAACAACCAUGUUCAUUUACCCAUAAGCGUCAUUGUCUUAUAAUCUUAAUAAGCAAGAAUAUUAUUAUGAUCAAUAUUUUGCUAGUUUGUAGUACUCAUACACUAAUGCUGCACUUUCUUACACACUCUCACACAUAUUCUUUUUCCACCUUUCAUCAACCAAAGGUGAAAGUUGAGAACCAGCUUGACUUCCAAGACAUCGCAAGUGUGGUAGCCAUGGCCAAAACAUACGUCACAACGGAGACUUUCAUUGAUUCCAAAUAUGAUAUUCGAAUCCAGAAAAUUGGCAACAAUUACAAAGCUUACAUGUGAGUUUGCUGUCAAGUUUGGGACUGGGUGGGGCGGGAAGCAAAGCUGCUCUGUUGGUUUGUUUAUUUUUAAAGGUAUUCAUGUUCAAAACUGAACAUGUUCUUCUCCUAAAUGCUAAUUGUGGAGAACAGCGUGUCUUAAGCAAAAAUGUUCUUCUGAUCCCCAUUCUAUGACACAGAUCAGUCCUGAUGCUGCUCAGCUGUGGCCUGUGAGAUCUGACAAGUGCAAUGUCUGAUCGUAUGUCUGGGCAGUCUUUGUGACUGCUGCGCUCCUCCUGAACGCAAAGCCCGGAAGACUAUGUUUGCCAGCGGCACAAGCAGCAUGAGCAGACAUCAACAGCUAGUUAGGAGAAAGGAGACUCGUGCCCUUUAAUAACUCUUGAGAAGUCACCGGGAGAAGCUGGUGGGUGGCUUUUAGAACCAUUGACUUUUAUGGUGGCAGAGAUAGCUGCAUUUCCAGCAGGCUGUCAUUACAAUGGAAAGCAGGCUCAAUGAAAGCCAGUGUUUCCCUUUUCUUUAGAGUUUCACAUCACCCCCUUUUCACAACCAGCUCUAAAGCCCACUGAUGUCUGUGGGAAGCUUUCUCUCAGCUCUUCUGGCAUGGAGCCUCCUGUGCCGUUUAAAUUCUACACUACAGAGCACGAGGUUAAUUAUUCCGCAGGCUUUUCACAGACUCUUCUACUGUACAAAGCCUGACAUACCCAGAAGAGAGUUCAUAAGGCCAAUAUAAGACUACCCAGCCAGCAUUUGGAUGAAGAUGUAACUAAGCAGGAGGAUGCCAGCACACAGAGAGAACUUCCCAGCCUCCAGAUGGAGUUACACAUUGACUAGGGCGUCGGCAAUGGCUUAAGAGCAAAGAGGAGCACAGGACUGAGGAAGGGUUCCCUGCCAACACCCUCCCUCAUUCCCACCCUCCUUUCUUUAAUAUGGAGAGGAAAUCACAGUGUUUGGGGGAAUUUAUUGUCCGCAUGUGGUGUGUUUGUUUUUCCCAGGAGGACAUCGAUCUCUGGAAACUGGAAAGCAAACACAGGUUCUGCCAUGUUGGAACAGAUCGCCAUGACUGAGAGGUAAUGAGCAGGAGGGGCUGCAGCCAAAAUGCAAUAUUUGGGUCAAUCUGAUAGGCUUGGGUCUUGGGCUUCAUUAACCAUUAUCCCAAAUACACUGUAGCACGGAGGUUCUGUUUGCAUUUUGCAUUCUUGACUGGGGUGAGCAGCAAUUGGCUCUCAGAAAAAAUAGAGCAUUGCACCUGUGCAUGCCUUUCCACCUCAGAAGUCUACCUGCCUGCUUCCCCCAGCUAAACAUUAUUUUGCCCAGAUGGGGUGGGCACAAGAGGGAUGGCUGUUCCCCAUCCCUAAUCUUAAAGCCAAAAGAGGCAGCCACAAUAAGCUUAAACUGCUCUUUCUCAGACUCAGGUCGCAUAAUGAUGAGACUCCUACACAGAAAGCUUCCAGGGUUCAACCCACAUGACGAUAGUCAUAUGUGAUCUUUGUAAAUUGACACUGUAUAUUUCAAUACGUCUCAGGGGAAGGGCUGAAGCUCAGUGGUACAGGAUGUGCUUUGCAUGCAGAAGACCAGGUUCAGUCCCUAUCAUUUCCAAGCAGGGCUGGAGAACCAUGCAAAACCCCACAGGAUGGCUGCCAGUCAGCGUAGGUCAUGAAUAGUGACCUCCCAAUGUUAUUGGCCUCCAACUCCCAUUGGGCCCAGCCAGCAUGGCCAAUGGACAGGAAUGAUGGGAGCUGUAGCCCACAUUGGGUACCACUAGUGCAAAGAGCAUUGAGCUACUGUAGAUGGAAUGAUUUGAUUUGAUUUGAUUUGAUUUGAUUUGAUAUGAUAUGAUAUGAUACAGGGCCGAUUCCUAUGUACACAUCCACAGAAAGAAGCUGCAGUUUGCACUGAAGUGCCUCCUUGUUAUCCGCACUCACUCCUGCAUUAAGGCCUUGAAUGAGACCAGCUAACAAAUUUCAUAUCUGUACUUAUACAGAUUUUGAACCAAGAAAUAUUCACCAUCCUGCCUCUCCAAUCCCUCUUCAUCAGUCCUUGCAUGAACAGUGCAAAACCCUUUGCUCAUCAGUUUCAUGCGGUCCUCCCUGCUGCACCGGCCUUGCAGUGCCUUGUGUAUUAGCAUGGAGAACCUGCCUGAUUCAUGGGGUUAAUCCUCAAUGUCAACAGCCCAUUCCUGGCACCCCUCUCCUCAUACAUACCCAGUGUGGGAAAGAAUUAGCUCACCGGUAUGAAUAUAUUUAUACUUCACCACUUCCCUGCCAAGAAAGGUAUUCAGAUGAUCACCUCUGGCCCCUUUCUUUCUGCCUUCUCCAAGGGCUUUGUUGCCUCAUUAUGCAAUGGCAACGGCAUUGUGGGUAGGGUGGUAUUAUUCAGAAAUGGUAUCGAGAUCUCCUCCUUUCUCUCUCUAUCACACAUGAGCCGCAAUUGUCGGAGGUAUGCCUCCUGCCUCAGCUAAGGCACCCAGAUGCAAAAGAGGACUUCUCAAAAAGGUUAAUGUAGAGCUGGAAAAGGUGCAGAAAAGGGCAACCUAAAAUGAUCAGGCAAAUUGCUGAGGGUGCACAAUUAAAGUUACACAAGGUGUGGGAAAAGUGAAAAAGAGGGAUAUUUUUCUCCAUCUCUUAUAAUAUGAGAACCGAGGGCUAGCCAAUAAAGAGCUGAAUGUUGGAGAUUCAGGACAAGCAAGAGUAAGAAUGUACUCACACAUUAGCAUUGUUAAACUAUGGAAUUCACUGCCAGAUAAUGUGGCUUUAAAAAAUAGAAUUAGGCAACUUCACGGAAGAAAAGGUUGCCCACAGCUAAUAGCUGUGGUGCUAUGUUCUGCAUCCAGAACUAGAAGCAUCAUGCCUCAAGAUGCAAGGCACUGGAGAACAACAGCAAGAGACAUUUGCCCUCACAUCCUGCUUGUGAGCUUCCAAUAGGAAUCUGCUUGGCUACUGUGGGAAACUGGAUAUUGAACUAGAUAAGCCUUUGGUCUGAUCCUGCAGGGCUGCUCUUGUGUUCCUAGUAAUAAUCUGACCGGCCCACUAUGUGACCACAGACUUUCACAGUCCUGUGCACACAACACAUUUGUUUUAACAACUAUGGUGCUAACUGGCUGGGGGACUAAUUGUGUGCUUUGAGUGCUGCAUAGACACCAUGCCCUUCAAACAGAAGCACUAUAUUGAGAGAAGACAUUUUGAUUAUCACAAUAGAUAAGUAACAACUCUAGACAAAUAAACAGGCCAAUUUCUCUUUGUGUUUGCCCAGGAUUGCUUCCUGCUCUCUCACUAGGUUGCAGAGCUGUUGGCUGUGGCCAUAAAAGUGAUUACUUUAAUGCCUAGGAAAUCAACUGCAGAAUUAAUCUAUGGGGUCAGCCAUGCAUUCCAAGCCUCAUAAGAUGUUUAUAUACUUGGCUGGAAGUUAAGAAAACUGAUAUCUCUGAAGAGAGGGCUAUUUGGGGUUUUUUUUGCAGUUUCUACAAGCAAUCAUAUGUGGUUUUUGCAGAUAUCGACUCUGGGCAGAUUCUGUUGCAGAGAUGUUUGGAGGCCUUGACAUCUGCGCAGUCAAAGCUGUCCACAGCAAGGAUGGAAAAGAUUAUAUAAUUGAGGUAAGAGGUUGAAUGAGUGGCAUGUAAGCAUCAUUCAAAAAGGAUGUGUAACGAAGUAUAUAUUACAUUAUUUGACACACACAAAGGCAUGCAUGUAUGUAUGUAGAAACUCCUGUGCAUGGCAAGUGCCCCUCAUUCAUUUAUUCAACCACGCUCCAUAUAUUCAAUGCACAUUCAUUUAAUAGAAACACAGAGUAUAUCUGACAAUGGACUUAUCCACACUUAACUUUUGCCCUGCGCUUUCUAGGCACAGGUCAGCACUUUCCUUGUCUGUAUCUGAGUGCUCACACACACACACACACACACACCGCUUUCCCCAGGAAAGCCCACUCUUUAAUGCUGAAUCAGAACAAAUGGCUUGAUCAUAGACUCAUAGGUAUCUCAGAUGACUUCAGGCUGUUCUCAAGCCAUGUAUCUCUGGGUCUGUAACUAGCAGAUCUCUCAGAAAUUAGCUGGCCUGAGAUGCUAUUAGCAGUGAUAGCAAAAUGAAACUUCCAUGUUCAGAGGCAUUCUGCCUUGGGGAGACCCACAUGCUGGGGAGAAACAACAGGAAAUGUCCCUCCCCACUUGAAAGUCCUCUCCAGGUGUUUGAGAAACAGAACACUCAAUUGUCAAGGAAUCAUAUAUCAGGAAGGAAUCUUUGAGGUCCAACCCCUCUGCUCAGUGCAGGAUCUCCAAUGCGGGAUACAACUACAGUAUCCCUAAUAGCCAUCAAUCCUGUUAAAUACCUCCGGCAAAGGAAAGCUCACCAUGGCUGUCUGUACCACUGUAAAACAAGCUGUAGGAAAUUUCUUCUAAGGUUUAGGCAAAAUCUGCUUCCUGGAAAUUUCCCUCCAAUGGUUCUAGUCUUGCCCUCUGGAGCAAUAAUAUGUUGUGUCUUCUGCAGGACACAUAUUUGAACCUUAGAGGGACCUUGCCAUGGCCCAUCCAGGUAGUGCUUAGAUUUUUAUGUUCUCAAGACCAUGCAAGCCUCUUAGGAACAUGAGGCAACUUGAGAUGUCUAUCAGUUAGGAGUGGGGAAUGCCAUGAAUGGAAAUACUAAAUGAAAAAGCUCUGUGUUGACCUGAAGAAAGCGUAAUAUUUUCAGCAAGCACCUCUAAAAUAAUGUUUCCAGCUAUGUGAAAUACCUCUGUCCAUGUCAUCGUUGUCCCUCGCCUGCCCUGCAGUGAUCAGAAAGUUGAGAGUGGGGAAAAGAGAACAGAGAACCCCAUCCCUUUUCUCCCACCGUCUCCUCCACUUCUGCGUUAAGACAAGGCUAAACUUGUUGCCAUUUUCAACUGAACAAGGAUGCUGGCAGGAAGGAAGGAAAGAGCUGAUUAAUCACAUCAAAGGAGUAGUGGGUAGAAUGGCAGAAAGGAUAAACACAGAGCAGUAGCACAACUCUCACAGGAGGCUGGCUGAGUCCAAAGAGCAGCAAGACAGGCGGCAUUACUGAUUGCCACCUGGCCAAAUAAAUUACUCUGGCCUGCUCCUGUGUGUUUAACAUCAGCAGAUAGGUAGAAAUCAGCAGGCACAGCUUUCCACUUCAUUGUGCAGUACCAGGUGCCUGUAAAACAGAGAUGGCCAACCUGUGGCCCUCCAGAUGUCAGACUAUAGCUCCCAUUAGCUCUGGACACUGGCAGGAACUGAUGGGAAUUGUAGUCCAGCCACAUUUGGAGGACCACAUGCUCCCCAAACCUGCUGUAAAAGAUAGCAGCACAUGAUUCACAAAAGGAGCAAAAUGGUGUCAAAACAAAGAUUUAUGGUGUGUCUUUGCUUGAUCUUUUGAUACCUGCAUUGGCUACAGAUGAAAUGAUUUUUAAAGGCUCUUCAGGGAGGCUUGUGGGGGCCAUUAACAGGUGCCUUUGCCCCUAUAUGUUAAUUUUGCUCCCCUGUUGUCCUGCUGAAAUGAAACCUCUGAACUCUUGAACUGGAGGUGCAACUUAUUUGAGAUGGUAACUAAAAUGAAAGAGGAACUCCCAAAGGAGUCUGUGGGUGGCAUGAAUAAUGAACUGCUGUGUCCCAGGAACACACACCAGCUGGGACAAACCAUGGCUGGAAAAGCUAGCCUUUUGAAGUGAGGCCUGCCGUGCCAAGGGGGUCCUUGCUUGUGGGAGUCGGGUCGGUCAGGCCACUGGAGAAAGGGGUGGGCAUUUGAAAAAGAGAGAUCUUUUUUUAUAUAUAUUGUUGAAAUUUCUCAAAGCUGAAAUUGGAGACCUGCUCAGUGGGGGGAGGAGAUCAUCAAGGCGACUGUGCGGAAGAAUGAGCAAGUGUCCUUGGUUACUGUGUGAGGAUGCUGGAACGGAGACACGGUGUCUGCCCUGCUGUAAACUCCACCAACGCAGGAAGAUGAGCAAAGCCGGCUGAGAGCUACAUCCAGGGCCACUGACACAUCCAGAGAGCUGUACGUGGGAGAGCACUCUCCCACCCACUGAGUUUGGGGAAGCUGAUGAGAACCACAUGAGCCCCGUGGCGAUGGCACAUUCUUGCGCUGCGCAAGUAUCCUGUAGGAAUCGGUGGCAGGUCAAAGGUUGUGUGAGACAAGUGUGCUGCCAGGAGAGGAAAAUAUGUUUGCUUUAGCCUUCUCUGAUGUUUCUCCUUUUCUUGCAAAUCAUCCGAGACCAGCUACUGGCACAGUUGCUGCUGGGACACUUUCAAGGGUGGCCACAAAAAGCUGUCCCACUAGUGCCCUGGUACAAAAUUCAGUAUGAAUUGGGGUAGGGGACAACGUGGCUUCAGAAUUAUUUCUUUCAUAUUUUCAUAAUAGUGAUGUUUUCCCCAAUUGCUACAUGGUAUAAUAAUAUCAUAAUCAUUGUCUUAAAAAAGGGAGAAGAAAGUAAAAGAGGAGGCAGAGGGAUUCUGCCUCUGGGUAGGACUGGGUCUAAAGCCUUAGGGAACCACUACCAGUCAGGGUCAACCAUGCUGAGCUUGGAGCCAGUCUAAGGCUGUUCCAAACUGAGGUUCAAAGCACAUGAAAAGGCCGGGGGACUUUUUUCUGAUCAGUUGGCAACCCCAAUAGCCAGAAUUGCCCAUCUUGCCACUGUUUGGACUUUGCUGGCUUCCCAAGAGCUUUGUGUGUGUAAACCCUUAUCAUUUUGCCAUUGCAUGAACCCACCAUCCCUCUGAUGUGAUGGAAUUGGCGCUUUCUUUCCUUCCUUCCGCUCAGCCAACCUCCCCGCUCUUCCUAACUCCUGAGAACGGCAACAAGUUUAGCCUUCGUGUCUCACCACAGUACACAGAGGUCGAGGAGAUAGCUAGGGAAAGGGGUAUGGGUUCCCUCCCCCAUCCUUUGCCCAUCUCCCUCCCUCUCCCUCUGAGAUACCUUAUCAGGAGAGAGCAGCUGUAGCAGCAGGACACAGCUGCUGACCUUGCACAGUGGUGAAGGCCGGAGCCACAUGAAACGCCUGCCUCUGUUUUGUCUCAGCCGUUACAUGGAAGUCUUAUUUUCAGGGAAGGAGGGAAAAUGUUUCUGCUUUGUAUACGCCAGCUUUGUGUCUAGCUUCACGUGUUUAUCUCAGCAUUGUAAGGUCAGGUUUUAUUUGAUAUCUGGCAACAAAGAAAACUCUUGUGCUGAUGUGGCAGAAAUAACCAAAGUUGCCUCCAUUCUCAUUAGGGACCUGUAGCUUCCUUUACUUCAGGGGUGGGGAGCCUGUAGCCCUCCAGACAUUGCUGGACUACACAUCCCAUCAUCCCUUACCAUUAGUCAUACUGGCUGGGGAGGCUGAUGGGAGUUGGAGUGCAACAGCCACAGGCUGCCCAUCCCUGCUUUACAUUAUUACCGCUACUGGAGUUCACUAGCAAAAUAGCCCCACCUUUGGUGGGUGUUUCAAAUACACAGCAAUGGCACAGCCUAUCAGUGUGCCCUACUUUAUAGAGGACAGUCCUCUGUCUGAAGGGCUGUCCAGUUCACAUUUGGUUUAAAGAGAAAGAAACUUUAGAAGACAGACCUUGAAGUUGCCCAUCGGCAGCUGACACCUAGACCAAGCAGGCAGGCAGGCAUAAACACCACCUGGUCAUAAUCUGGUAGCCUGCCAUAGUGACAUGCAUUGAAUUUCUAUUUAAAGUAUACAUGUUUCUAAAUGUGCUGGGAAUCACAAUUGGGGACAGCACUGUUGCUGCCUACUCCAUUCUGUGGACUAUAGAGGGCUCCUGUUUGGGGUGCCAGGCAAGUCCUUUUCUAGGAUACUCCAUUCCAUUCCACCAGCACCCCAUUUUCCUCCCCCCACCUACCCACUUCUCAAUGAACACUCAGUAUUUCAUGGCCACUGAGCAAACUAUCGGGCUGUUUUUGAAGCACCCCUUCCUUUAUUUUAUUCUAAUUUUUCUACUUCUGCAAAUCUUGGAGUCCCCCACUACUGAUAACUUCCCUCGUGUGUGGAUGUUGCCAUUUUGACUGUGUAAGGAUCUACACACAGAGAAUAAAUUUGCUGUUAGUAUAAUUAGGGUUGCCAUAUUUCAAAAAGUAAAAAUGCAAUUUUUCAAUUGACAAAGCGCCACAUUUCAGAAAUCCCCCCCAUUGCCGGGCAUCGAUUCCGCCUUUGAAAUCCCAGUAUGGCAGCCCUAAAUAAGUUAAAUAACAAUUAUUAUGUUGCUUUGAGUACAAAGUUUGCAGGGUACAAUAGCCCCAUCUAGUGAUCACAAAUCAGCCUGUGCCAUUAGAUGUAAAUAAGGCUUCUAUUUCCACAUGGAACCAGAAGCUGCCAGGUUAGAUAACAGGUGGGCAGAGGGGUUGCCCAAGAGAAUUGCCUGUGGCUCAGGUAAGCUAAUUCAGGUUAAUUCUCAGGGCUCCAAUGGCUCCCCGAUGUGCUGCUCCCCCCUUUUUUAGACAGGCUGAAAAGCCUAACACUAUGCCUAAGUGAAUGCUUACCAACUGGCAAUCAUGAAGCUAUGCAAUGAUGGCCCUGCAUCUUAUCUGUCCACAUUUCCCCAACUCUUGGGUUCUGCAUUUGCCCCAUUAGCUAAAGGUGUCUAAAGGUGGUCUGAAGGUGAGGAUCUGGCUGCCACUGAUAUAAAAGGACUCACUUCAUCUCUUUGUGCAGGUGAUGGACAGCUCAAUGCCUCUGAUUGGGGAGCAUGUGGAGGAAGACAGACAGCUAAUUGUGGACCUGGUUAUCUCCAGAAUGACGCAAGCCUGCCUGAGUGUGGGGUCGUCCCCUUCACCUCUGCGGCCUUGGGUAAGAUCAGACAGUCUGCUCCCAAAGCCUGCAUUUUCUCACAGUCCUAACAAGAGCUCAAGUGACCAAAAAUAUUUCUAAAUGCAGAUUUUUUUCCCAAUAACAUCAGAAAACAAAAUGAUGCUCCAUAACUUAGUGGUUAGUGAUACUAACAUAUAAAUCCUGCAUGUAGUUAGUUCUGCAUGUAGGCUGCAGUUUGAAAGGGAAGACUAGUGAGGAGUGGCUUCUCUUAAGCCUAGGGCUGAGCACCUCAGCUGUCCAAUGCAGUCCUCUCAUCAGUCCUGCUCUGCUCUUUUCCUGAGGCCUUUUUGCCUGGCUGAAAUGUAGCCUUGAAUAGCAACCAUGUUUUUUGAUUCUCUGGAUGAAAGAUUGAGAGAUGCAUUAAGGAAGGGGGGCUAGAAACCUCUGACUUGGAUGUGCUUAGAAUGUCGCCAACUGUUCAGAGGUAAAGGUCACAAUCAAUGCUCAACCCACUUUUGUCUUUGGCUCUGCUACCCUAGAAAGUUACACAUGAGCCCAAGCACUGAAGAAAGUUCCCUACUCCUGUAUUAACUCUUUGUCCCCUGAAAUUCCCUUCCGAACAGCUUUGAACCCCACUUCUACCUGCUAACAAAAAGGUACAGCUACAUAUAGUUCUGCCUACAAUAUAUUCAAAGAAUGUUGGAAGACUUUGACUGAUUUGCAUAUGCUAUUUUUCCAUUACUACUACUACUACUACUAUAUUUUGCAAAGAAGGACCUCAGAUGAUCACAGGGUCUGGGUAGGUUCAUAUGGAGAGAAGUGGUCCUCGAGGUAUUGUGGUCCUGAGCCGUUUAAGGCUUUAUAUGUUAAAACCAACACUUUGAAUUGGGCCUGGAAACUAACUGGCAGCGAGUGCACUUGGGUCAGGAUUGGUGUAAUAUGUUCAAACCAUCUUGCCCCCACGAGCAACCUGGACGCUGAAUUCUGAACAGUCUUCGGAGGCAGCCCUAUACGUUGCAGCAAUCGAACUUAGAAGGGGAAGAGGCAGUGAGAGAUUUUACUUUCUUGGGCUCCACGAUCACUGCAGAUGGUGACAGCAGUCACCAAAUUUAAAGACACCUGCUUCUUGGGAGAAAAGCAAUGACAAACCUAGACAACAUCUUAAAAAGCAGGGACAUCACCUUGCCAACAAAGGUCUGUAUAAUUAAAACUAUGGUUUUCCCAGUAGUGAUGUAUGGAAGUGAGAGACAGACCAUAAAGAAGGCUAAUCGCUGAAUUGAUGCUUUUGAAUUAUGGUGCGGGAGGAGACUCUUGAGAGUCCCAUGGACUGCAAGAAGAUCAGACCUCUCCAUUCUGAAGGAAAUCAGCCCUGAGUGCUCACUGGAAUGACAGAUCCUGAAGCUGAGACUCCAAUACUUUGGCCACCUCACGAGAAGAGAAGACUCCCUGGAAAAGAACCUGAUGUUGGGAAAGAUUGAGGGCACAAGGAGAAGGCAAUGACAGAGGACAAGAUGGUGGGACAGUGUUCUCGAAGCUACCAACAUGAGUUUGACCAAGCUGUGGGAGGCAGUGGAAGACAGGAGUGCCUGGCAUGCUCUGGUCCAUGGGGUCAUGAAGAGUCGGACAUGACUGAACAACUAAACAACAUAGCAUAGACAACAGUGAUUAGGCCUGUAAUAGGGGUCAACUGGGCCACCAGCUGAAGCUGUGGAAGCCUCAAACGACAGCAGGAGGACCCCCAAGCUAUGUACCUUCUUCUUCAGAGGGAGUGUAACCCCAUCAAGAGCAGACAACCUCCCAUCCAUCCAAUCUUGGGAACCACCCACUAACCGUGCCUUAGUCUUGUCAGGACUGAGCUCCGUUUUCUUGGUUCUCAUCCAGUCCACUAGAAGCAAGGCAAUGGUUCAGCACAGCCACUGCCCCUGCAGAUGUAAAGGAGAAGCUGAGCUGUGUAUCAUCAGCAUAUUGCUGACAAUGUACUCCAAACCUCUGGAUAACCCCCUCAGCGGUUUCACGGAGAUGUUAAACAGCAUGGGGGAUAAAAUCAAAUGCUGAGGAACUCCACAUUGACGGCUCCACGGGGCCAAACAGCACACCCCAAUCAUCACUCUCUGGAAAUGUUAAUCCAAGUAGGACUGGAACCACUGCAAAGCAGUACCUCCUACCCCUAACUUGGAUGGGAUGCUUUCCCAUAAUAUAAAAGGGAAAUAUGCCAAGAAAAGUGGUGGAAACAGCUGGAAAUGAUCCUUUCCUAUUUAUAUCUCUAUGCACAGUUGCCGAAGCACAUGGAGCGGGGGGGAGGGGUGUUACAAAUGCACACCCUACUUGACAGGUUCUGGGGCACAUAUCCCAAUUAAACAAAGAAAGCAGACUACCUGCACAACCUCUGCACUACAUACAUCUGUGGUGAUGGAUUAUCCCUGCAUCUAAUUACCGUAUUGGCCUGAUUAUAAGCUGCACCUGCAACUAAGCCACACCUUUAAAAUUUGGCUGCUUGGGAGUUGUGGAUGGGACAUGCACAGUUGCCCCACACUCCUAGGUUGCUCUCGGGGGCUGGGGGGAGCCACACCGCUUUGACAGUGGCAUAAGGUUGCAAAUAUUAGCUGAACUUUUCACGAUCAGAAUUUGGAAAAAAAGGUGCAGGCCAAUACAGUACCUGGUUGCAGGGGAUGUUCCUUCAAGCAGUUCAAAUACACAGCACCAUCACUUUUGAAUGGCUGGAUCGCCUGUCCCAUCCCACCUAAACAGGUGUUUUAUGGCACUGUCAAAGCUGACAUCACCUGAGGUGACAAAGCCCUGGUCAUUUCUGAAUGAAGUCUAGAGAAACAUAUUGCAGCAUGCACCCCAGUUUCCAUGCAUUUAAGGAUUUCUACACCAAUCCAGAGUUCAGCUUCCUUGGAACGAUAGCCAUUGAGGAAUGUAGUGUCUUUGGAGUAUAUGUUUUUAUUUGCACACCUAUACAACCUGAUUUUUAAAAAACAAUUUUUACCUCCAGCCGAAGUCACAGAUGCAGACUCAGGCAGGACCCCAGCUUGGACCACUUUCCCAACCCCGACCACCUCCUCAAGGUACUAGUCAUACUACACUUUACUUGCUUGUAAGUUCUGCAAGAGAAUAUAAUGUAGUCCUCUAGGAAUGCAGAAUAAAAGUAAGGAAUUCCAGGGCUAUAAGUAUAGAAUCCUAGAACGGUAGUGUUAGAAGGGACUCCAGGGUCAUCUAGUCCAACCCCCUGAAAUGCAAGAAUCACAGCUGGAAAGCACAAACCAAGCACCAAAUUUUAUUUGGUGGGGGGAGGGGAGGGGAGAGGAUUUUUAAAAGAUCUUUAUUCCUAGACAACAUAUUCUGGAAUCAGUUGGAUUCAAUAUCAGAGACUCGCAGAAAGAGUAACAAAUACCAAAAAUAGCUUUUGAUGUCAUAAAUGGUAUUUUGUUUCAGAAAAAAGGACUUAAACAACACUGAUGAUUAAAAACAAACAAUCCAAAGUGAUGGAUUUUAAGAGCCGAGGAUCGGAUACCUAAAAUGGAGGGUACAGAUAUUUUAUUAGUGGGAAUGAUUAGAAAAGAGAAGGAUGAUAAAUAGUUUUUUAAGGCGAGCUCUGUAUUGUUAAGUUGCAGAAAAAAGAUAACAGGCCAAUAUAAUUUUGCAUGACAUUCCUGAAGGAGGCAAGGAGGGGAUGGGGAGUGUGGAUAUUGAACACUGCAGCAUCUGGAGAUUGGUUUCCGCAUGAUCUGGGUUUGGUCUGGUCUGGUCUUUUGUACUGUCUGCGAGGAAUGUGAAUUCUAUAUUCAGAUUUUGAAAAGGAAAUUUGAUGCAAAGCAGGGAGCCCUUUGCAGACAAAUGGGGAACUGUACCGAAGGAAGGACUGUAAUGCUAACAGCAAGGAGUCUUAUUACCUUAAGGGAGAUUGUUCUUGCUUCCAACAUAUAGCACUUGAUGUUUUAUUUAAGUGUCCCUCUUUGCUUUAGGAGGUCCACGCCAGCCUCAGGGAUCACAGCCAGCCCGGACGGGAACUCCACCCCAGCAAAGGCUCUCUCCCCAAGGUCAGCAACCUCUGAGCCCCCUGUCCACCUCACCACAGCAACAGAGGUCUCCUGGAUCUCCCCAGCUAACUAGAUCAUCCGCCGGAAGCUCACCAAGCCAGCCUUCCAAACCAGGCACCUUCCCCCCACAGCAGCCUAGACCUCCAGCCCAAGGACGGGCUCCCAGCCAGCAAGGCUCUGGCGAACCAGCCAGGCAGCAGGCUCCUCCUCAUCCUCAUCUAAAGUAGGUGCCUUUUACAGUGAAUAUACUUAACAUGACUAUCGGAGUGGUGCGCUCAGAUCAGUAUGAGAGCGAGUCCAAACAAGGUGUAGAGAAGGGGUCAGAAAGCCCUGAGGGACUCGUGCAACUGAGUAGUGAAGGCAACAACCCUCUCUCUCAAGUGGCAAUAGUUUAAUCCUCAAACCCAACUAUCAGUUCCAUAAAGGGGACAUUUGUGAGGAGUUGAAACCCACUACUGCCUCCACCAUUGUUGUGCCAGUUCCUUCACCCAGCUUGCUAACAAGAUUCUGGCACUGUAACGCUAAAAAGCCCCCAACACAAACUGCAAAAGGUCCAUUAAGAGGAAGCUUAGCCAGCAAAGAACUCUCAUCUUCCCCUUUCCAAAUUUACCAAACAUAUUCACAAGGCUGUGGCUGCUCCAUAUGACAGAAAUAUGAUUCUGUACUUUGGAUAAAUCACACAGCUGCUUUUAGGAGCCCUUCCUCCACUUCCACGUACAGUGUUUGUACACUGCAGAAAGAGGGAGACAGCAGGUGGCAGCGGCAGCUUCUUAGUCAAUGUACAUCUGCCCACCUGUGGCAGGAGCGGACGCAUUUUUGUGCACAGGCAGACCAAGACGCACAAGGAUUGUUGCAAGGGAUACGAAAAGCUCAGUGGUGUACCUAAUAGUACAGCGCUAAGGAAGAGGAACCCAAUCUUUAUGACCACUCUGUAGGGAUAGUUCACAUUUAAAGGCAAACUUCCCUAACUGAAACUUUCCAAAACACAGAGAGACCUCAAAAUUUGCACUUUUCUAAAUUGCAGAGCAAGCAGCCUGGGCAAAACAGGAGCAGAGUUGCAGGGUGGGAAGUGUGGCCAUUGUUACCCAACUAACCUGGGGCAGGUUGCUUGGGCUUCAGGGGGGAGUCGUGGGGGAUAGUGGGAAGGGCUCAUGGCUUUUGCAGCUGCUCCUACUGCCUGCUGGGAGGAGGGAGGGUGGAGGGGGAAAGGAAAGGAGAGGAAGUCAACCCACUCGCCAUCGACGAACAGGCAGGAUUUUGCCCAGGGAAACGACACCACUCACACUGCCUGUCUGCCUGUUAGCUCACUCACACUUCUGAGCUGCUCUCUGGGCACGCAGGAGAGAAGAAUGGAGGCUGGUGCUGCCCAUGGCCGCCCUGACAAUCGUUCCACGGCUCCCUGGUUGAAAACCGCUGUUCUAGGGCAAAGUGUUCCUAAAAAUGCAUGCAUUUGUGAAAAUAGCCUACAAUCAUGCCUAUUAGGGAACAUUGCUUGCAAAAAUGCAAACUGCAUACAAAUGUGCUUGUUCUCUUGAGGAUUUUAAUAAUAAUCUCAUCUUGCUGCAGAAAUGUGUAGAACUGUAUUUAAAGAUUGGGGAAAUAAGAAACUGAGAGCAAAAUUUGACAGAUGAAGUUCCUGCCCUUUGCACACACUGCCCAUGUCUAUUACAAGAUUGGAUGCUUUAGUGUAACACUCAGGAGUAGCAGGCAAUGGUAGCUUCUGCUGUUAUUUUCAGCAGCAGAAGGGCAAGGGUUGAAAGUGAAGCCUGCUGGGCCCUGAAGCCUCCAUAGCUGCCUAAAUGUCUAGCUUUCAGCCCUCUCCUGUUUGCCCUUGUGAGAGAAUUGGCCGUAUCUUCAUUCUUCUCUUUAACCCCCCCCCCCCAAUUCUCUUUCAGCAAGUCACAGUCCCUGACAAACACUUUCAGCCUCUCAGAAUCCUCACAGCGGGGAAUAGCCAAUGAAGACGAGGCAAAAGCUGAAACCAUCCGCAACCUGAGGAAGUCCUUUGCUAGCCUCUUUUCCGAUUAAUCUCUGCACAUCAAGUGAGAGCAAUUGUGGGUGGGGGCGGGGGGGGAGAGUUACUUUUGCGGAUUCAUUUUUUUCUGUGUUUACCUUGAACUUGCCCAGGAGCAUCUAGAGUAGUUUCUUGUAAAACCUAUUCACAUGCACAGCAAAAAAAGGGGGGGGAUCUUGUGCACCCACCCAUGCUCCAGGCCCCCCUCCCGCCUGCAUCCAUUCCCUAUAACAUCAGAACAAAGGCCUGCUAUGCACAUUCUUUACUCCCUACCUCAGGUUUGAGGAGUGAAGUCUACAUAUCUUGCAGUACAUGUGAAGUUCUUCAAACUUCUAAAACUGCUAUUUAAGCCAGGGGUGAGGAACAUUUUUUUCAUCAAGAGCCACAUUCUAUUGGAGGCAGUAUUAAUAAUGGCACUGCUGUCCUUUUCUUUGCCACCCUUUUUGCUGAUUCCUCCCCCUACUCCUACC